GACCAUGGAGAUGCAAAGGUGGUCCACAAGGUGGAAGACGAAAAGGUGGCUUAUGGAUUCCACUGUAACCGCAUUCAUCACUUUAACCCUGGUUCUGCAGGCUACACAUGUCAGAGCAGGUAAGAAUAAUUGUUAGGAUCCAAAAAAAGUGUGUGUAAAAGUACAAGCGAGUAGGGACUGUCAUCCAGCCGCGGCAGAAAACUUGGGUCUGGUCGGAAAACAUGAUGGAGAGAUCAGGGAAGACAAAAGGGUCGGGUUUUGGCAACUGUGUGGAUUUAAUUAGGUAUUUUCAAUUAGCAACGCAACUAGAUGUGAGAGGAAGGGUAGGAAAGAGACUGACCAUAUAUGAUUCACUCAAUCGGUCUGUGGAUCUAUAGCUACCAAUUAACUCAAGGCAAGGUACAAUUGUACCAAAGUGCCCCUCCUCACAAAGUAAAGUGAAUCACACAUUCUAUUGAACAUUUCAGUUCAAAGAUAUGGACCCAAAUUUACGUUGCAUACUAUUGACAUUGGUUCCAAAUAUAUUUAGGUAUCACUAUGUCAAGUGUUUGAAAGGGUUAUGAAGAUUUUGAUUUAUUUUACAUGUAUUGAAAUGCAUUGUGACUAAUAUACCCUCUACUUAUUUUUCACUAAAUGUUUAUGCAUGAUUAAAUAGCCUUAUAUACCCACCAUAAAGUUGAAACAGUUACCUCAAUUAUGCACAAUGUUAAUUUAGUGCACAGGCUUUUCUUUCCUGGUACUUGGCUUAGUUUCGUUGUGAAGGAGCCGUUAAAGAAUUUGUCUAGCACCCCAUUUAGAGACAGCUUUAGAGAUUUAUGCUGAAAAAAGCUCUUGUUUGAAUUACUGGUCCGUUAGGUGUGUGUGGACAUGGUUAACGGGGUGGAAUUCCGCACGGCUUGUGAUUGCAGCCUCACAGUUUGUUAAAGAAUUCUGCAGCCAGAGGAGAGGUGUCUGUCAAUUUUAUUAAUGGCUCCGGGGCCACGGGAAAUUUCUAGACCUCAGUCCGGAGUAGGCUAUCCGAAUCUCUCUAAAGGAUCCGGUAUCAUUGAAUAUUGGCCUUAUGAGUUAUUGUCAGUGGUCACAUUGCUGUUUUAUAAUACAUUAAAACAGUGAUGUUUCCAUAUAGAUCUGAUUUCACUUACAUUUGACCAGACACUCUUAUCAAGAGUGACUUACAGGAGCAAUUAGGGUUAAGUGCCUUGCUCAAGGGCACAUCAAAUGAUUUUUCAUCUAGUUGGCUUGGGGAUUCAAACCAGCAACCUUUCGGUUACCGACCCAACUGCUAAGCUACCUGCCACUCUUGUCCCCCUGUAGCCUAGACAAUGCGUAUUUUCCCGAAAGUGUGGUCAUUGCAAGCUGGAAUCCAUUUUCAACAAUGAAAUGAUAUUGAAUAUUGAAUAUUGGCAUCGAUUGAUCAGUGACAUUGGGGAGUUGUGCAGUGUGGCAGACCCUUCAGACUUAUCCACUGGGGAAGCGUGUGUCAUGGGUACAUUUUCAUUAAUAAUAAGGAGAUUGUUAAUUAUUUAACUAGACUUUAUUUAUUCGCAUUUUAACAUGGCACCGCAAAUGUCCUGACAUUAUUUAGGGUCAUGGAUGGUGUAGGGUUGCCCAGGGGCGGACUGGCCAACUGGUAUUUCAAAUACCAGAUGGGCUGGUACAUUUUUAGCCUGGUCGGCCGGCCUGUCUAACUUUUUGCGCAGAAUGAUAUUAUCUGGCUAAUAAUGGGGGCCUCAAGGUAUAAAAUGGACCGGUGUGUGAGCCUCCAGGAAAAAAAAUGGGCUGUUGUGUUAGAAAUGCCAGAGCAGAUUUUUGGUCCCAGUCUGCCCCUGCACUGCAGCAGCCUCAAGGUCAGUGCCCGUGGACUUUCUGAUAGAUUCUGAGUGGUCAAGCGGCACAUCACUGACUUGCCAAAAGGAGCACCCUUUCUCCACACUGCCCUAGCCCGCACUGAAGACCAACGAGAGACUGGAGGGGAUUGUGCAACACUGUGCCCAACUUUUCCCCCUGAAUUUUGCACUUGCAUGUUUGGGUUGGGGAGACAAGGCCGCGUUGUCUGAGCUCUGAGCAGUGCACACUCCCUCCAUGGUGGGAAUGUUUCCAGUCUAAGUGCUGUGCAGUUAUUUGAUGAUGGUUCUCUUUGCACUUCCCUAUUAUUGUAGAGGCUUCAAAGGGCAGGCCAAUAGUAUACAGGCCAGCAGCAUGCAGGCCAGCAGCAUACAGGCCAGUCUUACUCCCAUAAUGGCGGGUGAGUGAGUCACUGAGUCCAGGUCUUCAGGAUACAUGCAUCUUUCUUUUCCUUAGGCUACACACUUUAUUACAACAUUAUGAUAUUGUAGAUAUUUCAUUAAGAGCGAUUUAUCAGACUGAAUCUAAACCAGAGAUGACAUUGGUCUUUUUAAUUAGCUUCUUACUUCCAUUCUAAUGAUUGUACUUCUAGGACCAGUUGAUGUAUUAUAUUUGUUCACGUAUAUGUGUCGCCCCUUUCAGUCUUUCAAUAUUUGCUAAUGGCCGUCCAGAGCAGAACAAGGCCUACACAGACCUUGUCAUUGUUCAAACCCAUAUAAGUGACUAUUUACUAUUCACUUCCAUUCAUUUUCCUGUCCUAUAGCCUACUGUAUAUACAGUAUGUGUUUUAUGUCAUUGUGAGUUUCUCUGCUGGUGUUUAUGGCGCAUUAGGCUGUUUCUGCAGGGUGCCUUCUCUGAGCUAACAGUGUACAGACAUGUUUUCACAGCCGCUGAGGCAUGGGCUCCUCUCUGGUGCAUUCCUUCAGACAGACAGAACCCUCAGAACCCACUCUACUCUACUCUACUCUACCCUGAUCUCUGCCCUUGAAAAUACAUCUCUCUCUUUCAAUUCAAUUCAAAGGGCUUUAUCUCUCCCUCUCUACUCUCUCUCUCUCUCUCCUUCUCUCUUCUCUCUCUCUCUCCUUCUCUCUCUCUCUCGUCUCUCUCUCUCUCUCUCUCUCUCAUCUCUCCUUUUUUCUUUCUCUAUUCUUCGUCUCUUCCUCUUCUAGGACGAUGUCUACGUAUGACUUCUUAGUAUUUUGCUACUCUCAUCGGAACAGUUUUACUGUGGUGGUGGCUCAACACUACGAUGGGUUCUGAAUUUGGUAUGCAACAUAAAUUUUGCUGGGCGAAGUAGGAAGGAUAGAUAAUAUUAGGGGGAAUUGGGAGUAGGGUUAGUGAUGAGACGAGAGAGUAAGAAGUGUUGGAGCUGUAGAGCAUGGAGAUGGGGAGGAGAGUAGGGAGUUUGUAGAGUGAGAGAGGGAGGAGAGAUAGGGGUAGAGUGAGAGAGGAGGAGAGUAGGGGUAGGGAGAGAGGGAGAGAAGAGGAGAGAGUAGGGUGUAGAGUGAGAGAGGGGAGAGAGAGUAGGGGUUAUGUAGUGAGAGAGGGAAGGGAGAGAGUAGGGGUAGUAGAGUGUAGAGAGGGAGAGGGAGAGAGUAGGGGUAGAGUGAGAGAGGGAAGGGAGAGAGUAGGGGUUAGAGUGAGUAGAGGGGAGGAGGAGAGUAGGGGUUAGAGUGAGGAGAGGAGAGGAGAGAGGGAGGGGUAGAGUGAGAGAGGGAGAGAGAGAGGUAGGGGGUAGAGUGAGAGAGGGAGAGGAGAGGUAGGGGUUAGAGUGAGAGAGGGGAGGAGAGAGUAGGGGUUAGAGUGAGAGGCAGGGAGAGGGUAGGAGAGAGGAGGGGUAGAGUGGUAGAGGAGAGGGAGGAGAGAGUAGGGUUAGAGUGAGAGAGGGGAAGGGAGAGAAGUAGGGGUUAGAGUGAGAGAGGGAGCGAGAGAGUAGGGGUUUAGAGUGGAGAGGGAGGGGAGAGGGGAGCGAGUGGGUAGAGUGAGAGAGGGGCGAGGAGGUAGGGGUAGAGUGAGAGAGGGAGAGGGAGAGAGAGGGGUAGGGGUAGGGAGUGGAGGGAGGGUUAGAGUGAGAGAGGGAGAUGGAGAGUAGGGGUAGGAGGUGAGAGAGGGAAGGAGGGAGAGUAGGGGGUUAGAGUGAGAGAGGGAGAGAGAGGAGGAGAGUAGGGGGUAGAGUGAGAGAGGGAGAGGAGAGGGAGAGUAGGGGUUAGGUGAGGGAGAGGGGAGAGGGAGAGAGGAGGGGUAGAGUGAGAGAGGGAGAGGGAGAGAGUAGAGGGGUAGAGUGAGAGAGGGAGCGAGAGAGUAGGGGUAGAGUGAGAGAGGGAGAGAGGAGAGGAGUAGGGGUAGAGUGAGAGAGGGAGAGGGAGAGAGUAGGGGUAGAGUGAGAGAGGGAGAGGGAGAGAGUAGGGGUAGAGUGAGAGAGGGAGAGGGGAGAGAGUAGGGGUAGAGUGAGAGAGGGAGAGGGAGAGAGUAGGGGUAGAGUGAGAGAGGGAGAGGGAUAGAGUAGGGGUAGAGUAAGAGAGGGGUAGAGGGAGAGACAUUCUGGCUGAAUACAUUAUUAGAGUCUCAGGGAGCAGCAGGUGAAAAGGUAUUCUCUUUUUACCAGCCAAUUUCACCUCCUUAGCCAAAAACAACAAAGUCUGGAACAGAAUAUAUCCUUCUUACAUGCUCCUCAUAUCUGAAUGAUGGUCUGGCAUGUUUUGUGAUGAGUAAAGAGCAGAAGAGCACGUUCCCAGAACUAUGUUUUAGUCUGUGUAGAAUUGCCAGAAACACGCUGUUGUCUUGUCUAUAAAUCUGCAUUAAUAUCCAUCUGUGUUAACAUGACAGGUAACACAGAAAUACCUGCAAUCCAUGUAUAUUUUAUGCUAAUGUUACCUAGCUAUCUUCUUCCCCGCAACCUCAUAAAUUAGCACACCGUAGGUCUCACAGGAGGUUGGUGGCACCUUAAUUGCGGAGGACGGGCUCGUGGUAAUGGCUGAGCGGAAUAGGUGAAAUGGUAUCAAAUACAUCCUACAUGGUUUCCAUGUGUUUGAUGUCAUUCGAUUCACUCCAUUCCAGACAUUAUUAUGAGCCGUCCUCCCCUCAGCAGCCUCACUGGUAGGUAUUUUUGAACAGCCAAUAACUGAGCAACAGUGGAGGCCCCUGUAUGUAGAUACCAUGAGUUGGCCCUUUUCCCCUUUGGAUUAUGUAGGGCCCCUUUCCUUCCCGUGCCACCUAGGGACUUGGACUGGGAGAUAUGUGUCCUUAUUUGCACAGCGGCCAUGAGCAAACUCACACCAGCUCAUCAGAUGGGUAGUUUUAGAGACUUCACACACUCAUUUGGUGUUUUAAUGGAUUUGGGUGUAUUUACGUUUUUUUGGCACCUGGGUGAGCGGGUCAGCAACUGGCCAAAUUACCACCCAUCUGGAAUAUAUGAGGCCUAGAGACAGAGUUAGAGCUGACAGAGAGAGAGAGAGGUGCUCUCUUGAAAUAAAACUCAUUCACAAAGAGCUCUUCAGUAGCUGCCUGGGUACCUUUCACAGUAUCCAAAAUGGCCAUGUGGUCUUGGAGAUGAUACCCCUAUCACCCUCUCUCUCACUCUGUUGUAACGUUAUAUUCUUCUGAGAUUCUUUUUAACUUUGUCUAUAGAUUUUGUUCCAUUUUGAGUCCAUUUUGAGUAGCUAAGUCUGUCUCUGUCUUUUCCCCCUGGGUGAGUGAGUGAUUCAGUCAUAUAUAGGGGCUAUAGCCUUGGUGUGAUGGAGGGGGAGUUGGGGUAUGGUUGGUUCAAUGGGCAGGCAGACUGGUCAACACAAAGAAGGUUUCCUUUGGGACACAGAAUAAUAGAUGUGACAGACCUUUGCUUUUGAGAGAUUUAAGGGGGUCAUGAGUGUGUUCUCAGACCAGGGAAUGUGCUGCUGGUGUAUGUGUGUGUGUGUAUGUGUGUGUGUGAAUGUGUGUGUGUGUGUGUGUGUGUGUGUGUGUGUGUGUGUGUGUGUGUGUGUGUGUGUGUGUGUGUGUGUGUGUGUGUGUGUGUGUGUGUGGUGUGUGUGUGUGUGUGUGUGUGUGUGGUACUCUGCCUCUGCAGACUCUCUCAGACACAGUUUAUUUUUCUUCUCCUUUUCAACCCAGGCCUCAAAGCAUAGAUUAAGGAGAGUGGUUGCUGUUUAAUUUUAUGCUAGACGUUUUGGAGAAGUAGUUUUUUGGUAAUGUAUGAAAAGACUAUAGUUUUUCCUGAGUAUCCUGAGUCUAUCCUGAGUCUAUCCUGAGUCUGUCCUGAGUCUAUCCUGAGACACAUGUUUUAAUCAUGGUAGCUGUCAGUCCUAUAUGAGACAAGAGACCCAGAUAUGAACCUCCUAGGUGGGUGCACUAAUUUUUUAUCAUGGGAAUGAUAUAGGUAUGACAUAUGACCUAUAGCAACUUCUCUCUGACACCUGUCAGUCAUUAAUUAAGCACUGAUAAUAAAGGUUAAAUAUACUUCCGAAAUUGAUUUCAGUUCAAGCUUUUUGCAUGUAGCCUGAAAAAAGUUGCAGGACCGAAACGUUGCUGAAAAUUGUUUUGAAUACAGUAAAUCUCCGGCCUCUCCUUUUCUUUAAUCAGUGAGACUCACACUUUCCUUUUCUUUAAUCAGUGAGACUCACACACCCCAACUAAACACAAACUGAUUAGACUGUCACUAAUGGUGAUGUUGAUGACCCAAUGAGAUAAAUGCAGAAACAACAUCUCAUGCUGUGAAAUAUAUAACAAGAUAAUAGUCAUAGUGAAUAGCUAUAUUAAAGCAUGUCAUGCGUUUGGUUUGAGGUGUGAAACCAGUCCAUUAUGGACUUAGUUAGAACAGCUGGUUUUGGCUCAGUAGUCAUGUAUGUAUGUAUAACCUAGUUAGUACUGAAGACAUCCUUUUAUGCAAUGGAAAUAGCUUCAUGUUGAAACAGGGACAGGAUUCUCCACAUGUUCCAUUGAGCAGUAUGAAGCAUGUCAUUAUAGUUUGCUUGUUCCUGGUGGAGCUGGAAUGUCUGCCUGAGUGUGUUGAGAGGAAAAUAUAGAUUUUUAUAAGAUCCCCUUGUAUAAAGUAGUUAAAGAAACCUCUGAAUGAUCUGACUGGCGCAUGCCAAAGCAAACAGUGGUUUUAGACCAGCCACAGAAGGCUUAGCUGAUGCCUUUAUACAGCUAGGGCUGGUUCUGCACCGUGUAAAAACAGAUUAAGGUUCUAGCCCCUUAACAAUCUGGUAGUGUAUUGCCUGUUUAAUGUGUAUAUUAUUCUAUUGCACAGUCUGAAACAAGUCUCAGUUUCAAUUCCUCACUCAUGAUUUUGAGUCUAGGCAGAUUUCUUGUUCUCUCUUAGUAGUCUACUGUUUUCUGUGCUAUACUAACACUCAAUUUUGAACUCUUGGGAAUAGCGCACUACCUCCCAGUCUCCUAGCCCUAUCAUAGAGCUGAUGUUAACAUUGAGAAGGUGUUUUGAUAAACAGUAUGAUCACCAUCCCAGCUUUCCCAUGGGUCUGUCUCACUGGGGUGUCAGAUCAAACACAGGCUCCUUUAUGUAAAGAGCAUCAGAUUGGAGGGAAUGGGAAACCCAGAGUGCAGGCUCUGACUGUGACCCUUAUCAAAGUAUACCUAUAUCCACAACACUGUGUUGUAAGAUUGGCCGGCCAUGGGAGCACUGUUUAUUAUGCUGCUAGUAGCCAUUCUGCUUUGAUGGAGAUACUUCCUGUCACAUGGUACAGUACAGUGUUAGCUGGGCCUGCAGAUCACACAGAUGUGUCACAAUGGGCUCCUGUUUUUUGGGGGGUUGGGGGGGGAUAUAACCAGUGUGUAGCCCACUGGACACACACUGGUUCAAUCAACGUUUUUUUUCCAUGUAACGUCAACGAAAUUACGUUGAACCAACGUGGAAUAAACGUUGAAUUGACGUCUGUGCCCUGUGGGUGAUUUAUUCUAUGGUUUAUGCUGCAUCUGACAUAUUGUCCAAUGCUUCUGUCUAUGUUCAAUUAUUUGAUUUAUUUCCUCAUUAGGUUAUCACCAGAAUGGGAAUAUUCAGUAGAUAAAUAUGGUUUCUUAAUAAAAGAUUGAGAUAUUCGGUAACACUUUAUUUGAUGAGUCCCCUUACACAUGGUUCAUUGGAUUGAAAUGUGCUUUCUAUUGAAGGCUCUACGGCCCUGUUCAUGAAUGAAACAGUAGUUUGGUAUGACGUGACACAUACAUUUUAUCUAAUUGCAAUAGAUUAUGGUUGCUUGACAUUCUAACUGUUGAAACGGAGUGCUGUGCCAUCUAGAUUCAUGUGCCUUCUGAAGUGCUUCUGAGAUUAUAUAUCAUGUUGUAUCUGCUCUCUCUCUCCAACAGCUGAACCGGUCGACGUGCUAAAAGUAUUAGAAUUUCACAAUUCCCCUGAAGGAGUUAGGAAAACAUCAGGAUUUUGCAUAAACCGAAGAGCAUCUAAGCCGGACACAGCCUACAGAGUUGGAAAACAGGCCCAGAUCAGUGCCCCCACCAAGCAGCUAUUCCCAGGUAAGACGAACCCGAUCCCUCUAUCGCCCCUGUCUCUCUCUGUCCUGCCCCACAUCCUGGCUGUGCAGAGUGGAAGGAGUGGUGUUUAAAUGUGUCUUUUGUUGGUCCUGCCAAGGCUUUUGACAGGAGAUGCCAUCCCUGAUCUGAUUAUGUGGCAGUGCUGUAUAUCUAGCUCAGAGUGUUUGUAAUGCACCAACCCCAGAGAGAGAUCUGGCUGAGAGAACUAGCUAGUCUAACUACAGUACAGUGCAGGUUCUUGUGCAGUCUGAAGCAUAGUAGAGUUGGUGUACUGUACUUUGUCUGCUUCUGUUUGUUUAAUAGAUUUAAAGACCAUUGAUGAAAUGUCUAUGGCUCGAAAGGGCUGGAAUGAACAGUUUCAACAGUUGUAACUCAUGUAAAGUUUUAUGCAUGAAUAAGUCAGGUAGCGAAGCUCCUACAAACAGAUCAGCAAAAACAUAGACCACUGAAUGGAUUUACAUGACAAAACAAUCUGGAUGUUAAGCUUACAGUAGUGCCUAUAGGACAGGGUUGCGUGGAAUGAAGAAUAUGAACUCAAUGGAAGAAUAUGAACUCAAUGGCAGAAAUGUAGAAGUAAUAAACUAUUAUUAUGAGUCUUGAUUAUACACCAGAGGUGAUUCAGCUGUUUUAUGAGAGCCAGUAAGAUUCUGAUUUAUUUCAGUUGGGUAUUCAAACCCAUCUAUGACUCAUUCAUAGAUCUGUUUAGUUGGAGUAACUUUAUUUCCUCAUAAAGUUUUGUAGGAUAUCUUUAUGAUGUUUAUUCCUCUUUGGCGCAACUUAUCAAAUUGCUAAUGGAUCAUUUUUUGUGUCUAAUAAACUCAAAGUGUCAAUAAAUCUAUUUUAAUGUGCAGACAUUGGUUGCACUCCAAUUUGGCUCUUCCGAAAGGAAAAUUAAACUCUAAAGACGUGAAAUUUUACAUAUUCAAUAUCAUUGCCCUCUAAAACUUCUAGAAUUGUCCACAAGCCUGGAAAUGUACAUGAAUAAACGUAGUGGACGAAUAGCUCAUGUCUAUUAGGAUGCUUGAAAUGUUGUAAACCUGGUGGUAGUCGCAUGAGACCUUACACUAAACAACAUAAAAGUAUUUAAGAAACUGUAUACAUUUAUGUGAAAAUGUAAAGGGUAACUGAAUCCUCACAUUUGAUUUCCUUUAUGUAGUAAUCAAUACACAUCUUACGAUUGAAUCAGUCACAUAAGGUGUUCCCUGUGUAUUUCUAACCUGAUCUAACCUGCGUUCUGUGCAUUGUGUAGGGGGUGUCUUACUGUAUCUCUGUAUUUCUAACCCAACCUGUGUGUUCUGUAGGGGGUGUGUUCCCUGAAGACUUCUCCAUCCUGACCACCCUCAGGCCCAAGGCUGGCCUCCAGUCCUUCCUUCUGUCUGUCUACAGUGAGCAGGGUGUGCAGCAGCUGGGUGUGGAGGUGGGACGCUCACCCUGUCUUCCUGUAUGAGGACCAGAGUGGCAAGCCCGCUCCCGAGGACUACCCCCUGUUCCGCUCUCUCAACCUGGCCGACGGAAAGUAAGUACCACUACUGCUUCUGGUUGGUCUCACAGAGAGCAGGGAGAGGGAGGUAGAGGAGGCUCAUCGCUGCUCACAGAGACUAGAGGGAAGGAGGGAUGGAUGUUGAGGAGGGAGGGAGGGAGGGAGACCAUCGCUGCUCACAGAGACUAGAGGGAAGGAGGGAUGGAUGUUGAGGAGGGAGGGAGGGAGGGAGACCAUCGCUGCUCACAGAGACUAGAGGGAAGGAGGGAUGGAUGUUGAGGAGGGAGGGAGGGAGGGAGGGAGACCAUCGCUGCUCACAGAGACUAGAGGGAAGGAGGGAUGGAUGUUGAGGAGGGAGGGAGGGAGGGAGGGAGACCAUCGCUGCUCACAGAGACUAGAGGGAAGGAGGGAUGGAUGUUGAGGAGGGAGGGUAAAGGGAUGAAAACAGAGCUUAGUUAAGCUGGUGUAUGUCUCUUCACUCUGACUCUGUCCAUACGCAAACCUGGUGCAUGCUCAGAGUGCCUUGACAAUCUAUUUGGUGUAUGUGAUUUGUCUUACUAGUCGUCAUAGGUUCUAUGUUAUCACUGCAAGCCAAACCAUUGUAGUAUUUGAAUGCCUUUCAGUCAUGCUCAGCUUGACGCGACUAGUAGUGCUGGGAUGUUUGUCAGGGGGCAUGUAAUAUAUAAAACCAAGGUACAGCCAUGGGCUGUAUGAUAGCCCUAAUCAUACCUACUUGCUGCCAUGUCCUCUGUAUUCACUAAGAAGCAGACAACUUCUUCACCUCAUCUCACCACAGGUGCCCAUCUCACCACAGGUACCCAUCACAGGAUUAGUUCUGAUUAGGUCUGUCCCAGGGUUAGGGUUAGAUCCUGGGCUGCAGCACGGGGGGAUACGAAGGGUUAGGGGGGUCCUGGGUAGUAACAGAAGUACAGGGGGAUACGAGGGUCCGAGACAGUGGAUUAGUUGUGCGCCAGGGACUACCAUGGGUACUCUGACCUCAGCCAUGAACCCUGUGCCUCUGAGAGGAAAAUGGAGGAGAGGUUGGAAGAGGGGAGGGGGGAUGUUAACCUUAAAUGAUUAACCUCCUGGAUUACCUCAUCCAAUCAGAUUCCGUGCAGAGUCUCUUAGCUUCCGUCAGUGGAUGCCUGAUUAUCCGCUCGGGGUUUGAAAAUCCCGGAAUUCUUCCUGGGAGCUGCAGCUUAGUGUACAUGAGCCGGUGGUGAAACAUGGAAGAACAAACAAACAGAGGAGACGCUGAGAAAACGCUCUCUCUUUUUUCAUCUUAACAAAUAGUUUUAUUAUGUCUCUCUGUGUUGUUUUCCUAAGCAGCCAAUUAGUCUAUAUUUAUAUAUUUUUUUUACAGUAUAGUUUGUUUUCCUGGGCUUGAAAGAAGCCGUAACCCGGUCAGUGGACAUUUGUGACCUAGAUAGGUAUAAGAUUGAUAUUUUCCACUUGUCAUGUUUAGAUACAUUAAAGGUCCUUGGUUUCAUGAGAGAAAAUGUUUUUUUUUUGUUAGAGGUUUAUAAAAUGUUAUGUCUAACACCACAGAGAAAGAUUAGAGACCAUGCUGCCAUUCUAACACCACAGAGAAAGAGUAGAGACCAUGCUGCCAUUCUAACACCACAGAGAAAGAGUAGAGACCAUGCUGCCAUUCUAACACCACAGAGACAGAGUAGAGACCAUGCUGCCAUUCUAACACCACAGAGAAGAGUAGAGACCAUGCUGCCAUCUAACACCACAGAGACAGAGUAGAGACCAUGCUGCCAUUCUAACACCACAGAGACAGAGUAGAGACCAUGCUGCCAUUCUAACACCACCAGAGAAAGAGUAGAGACCAUGCUGCCAUUCUAACACCACAGAGACAGAGUAGAGACCAUGCUGCCAUUCUAACACCACAGAGAAAGAGUAGAGACCAUGCUGCCAUUCUAACACCACAGAGAAAGAGUAGAGACCAUGCUGCCAUUCUAACACCACAGAGAAAGAGUAGAGACCAUGCUGCCAUUCUAACACCACAGAGAAAGAGUAGACCAUGCUGCCAUCUACGGCAGUCGAGGGUAGAGCCAUGCUGCUUGUACCACGAGAAGAGUUAGAGACCAUUCCAUUCUAACCAGAGAAAGAGUAGACCAUGCUGCACAUUCUAACACCAGAGAAGAGUAGAGACCAUGCUGCCAUUCACACACAGACAAGUAGAGACCAUGCUCCACCUACCCACGAGAAAGAGUAGUAGACAAUGCUGCCAUUCUACACCACAGAGAAAGACUAGAGACCAUGCUGCAUUUAACACCACAGAGAAGUAGAGAACAUGCUGCCAAUCUACACACAGGUAAAGAUAAGAUUGCUGCCUAUUCAUCACAAGGAAAGAGUAAGACCAUCUGCCAUUCUACACCACAGGAAAGAUGAGACAUGCUGCAUUCUACACAGUAUAAGAGUAGACAUGCCUUCUAGACACAAAAAGUCAGACCAUGUGCCAUUCUAAACCACAAGAGAAACGUAGACAUGCUGUCGGUUCUAACACUAAGAGAAAGAGUAGAGACCAUGCUGCCAUUCUAACACCACAGAGAAAGAGUAGCCCCCACUUUGUGGCAGUUCUGUGGGGUGCUUUUGUCCACUGAGCAGUUUUGUGACCUACUGUCUAAAGAGCAAUGUUCUCUGUGCAGGAUUUUAGCACUUAAGGACCUGGCUGAAGUCCAACACUAGGCCUUUUCCAUAUCCUCACUGACUAGGCUGUAACUAAUGCUGCCUAUCUACCCGGCCAGCCUCCUUCAGUUUAUGCAUUGUUAUAGAGAUAUACUGUAAAUGCGUACUUGAACAGUGGUCAAAUUAAAGUAUUGCUGUAGUGUCAUUCAAAGGAAAGACAUUCAAACAUUUCCAAGGUAUCGGCUGAAGCAACCGUCAGAUGAGAGAGUGGAUUUAAUUUAUAAUUACUGCCAAAAUCAAAAAUGUGCAUUUGCUUCAUGCAUAAUGGAGGAUUAACUAAAUGAUUGGGUUGCUAUCAUAAUGAGAGGUAUACAGUACAAGUGUUGUCAUCGAAGGGCAGCCAUAUUGAUCAGUAUUGCUGACUGACUGGUUCUUCAAGCGCCUUGGUUUGGCUUUUGGUCAGUGGGAUCUGAUCAGUGCCGGCCCUCCUCCUCCUCCUCUCCUCCUCCUCCUCCUCCCUCUCCUCCUGCUAUCUCCUCCUCUUCCUCCUCCUCCUCCUCCUUAGGACAAUGUUUUGACUGUGUGCCUUCUGCUCCCUCUUGCUCUUUCCUGACACACACUUUCCACAAUGUUCAGCACGUCUGUCAUGUUGAGUAACCCAGAAGGAGGAUUAAGUUUGGAGUUUAAUGAGUAUAAUCCCGUGUUAAACAGGGCCAGAGUGUGGGGGCAAGAAUGUGCUCCACUGCCUGUCCUGGCUGCAUGGCCUGGGCUGGAAUGUAAUAGCCCAAGUGCUGCCGGUGGCAAACUGUCCUGAAGGGGGCUUGGGAGGUGUUGGGUUUACGCGUGACCACACCAGUUAACCCUUUGUGUGUGUCUCAAAUGGCACCCUAUUCCCUAUAUAGUGCUCUACUUUUGACCAGAGUCCUAUGGACCCUGGUAAAUAGUAGUGCACUACAGUAUAUAGGGAAUAGGGUGCCAUUUGAGACACAACCAUGGUCUGUCUGUUUGUGGAGAUUUUUGUUAGCCUGGUUAAACCAGACUAAACGCUACAAACGACUCCACUGUUUGACUUGGUGACCGCAACGUUCAGUCUGGUUUAAGCAGGCUAGGUUUUUGCAGAAGUCUAAUCUGAACAUCUCUCACCAUGUAUCUCGUUUCUCUUGUUCCCUCUAACAGGUGGCAUCGUGUGGCCAUCAGUGUUGAGAAGAAGACGGUCACCAUCAUCGUGGACUGUAAACAGAAGAUCACCAAACCCCUCCUCAGGAGUGACCGUGCAUCCAUCAACACCAACGGGAUCACCGUGUUCGGAACCAGGAUCCUUGACGAGGAAGUCUUUCAGGUAAACACAUGAUGUUGGAUCUAAUGCUGUACUGUGAAUUCUGAUUGGUUGGUGUAACAUGGGUCGUGUUCAUUACUGCACACCGUAGCAAGCCAUAACGAAACGUUUCGCAACGAAAAUUUGAGUUUCUUAGUAGACAAGUUCAGUCUGCUUUCUUCAAUUUGAUUUCUUGUGAAUACGACCAUACUGAUGUAUGUUGCAGCGUACACUGGGCCAUAAGAUAUUUGAGAGAGAUCUGGGAGAUUCUAAAUUGGAACUAGUUUGUAGUACCAACUAUCUUUGUCCUUAUUGAGCCAAGCUUUAGAGACAGAAUCAUUGGUGUCCUUGUAUCAUAUAAUCAGUUGUAGUUCAUUGUUGUUGAUAUUUCAUCACAUAGCCAAAUCAGAGAGGAAGACUCUGCCUGUGUGUGUCUUGAUGACUCUUUGAAAGGGUCUUGAUGGAGAGACAAUCAUGCAGGAGGCUGCAUGAUAUACAUUAAUUAUUGCACCAAGGGGUGUUCAUUUAUUAACUUCAAAUAAAAAAGCAUGCGCUGAAUGUUUAACGUCUUUAAAAUGAUUCUGUGUCUUUAGAAUCCGACCAAUGCAACUAUGAGUAAUGUUGGUAGCCCAUUGAUUUAGAAUGCAAGAAACAUCUCAAACACCAUGUUUGAUUGUACAGUACAUCAAACAACUAGAACCCUUAACAGAUGCUUAAAUCUAAAACGAUUGACAGUACAAUACAUGUACAUGAUCAAACACUUUUGUUUCUUUAUGACUUUGGAGGAAUGACGUCUGUACAUCAUAAAUUGUACUAAUCAGCCACAGCUUUCCUCUGUUAUGUGUAGUUAGCUCUCCACUCUUGCUGCUCUGCUGUGUGAGAAAAGGAGUGUGGAGUGCUCACCUCCAUGACCAUGGCUGUGUCCUAAAUGGCACCCUAUUCCCUAUAUAGUGCACUACCUUUUACCAUGGGCCCUGGUCAAAAGUGCACAAUACAGGGAACAGGUUGCCAUUUUGGGACGCAACCCAAUGUAUUGUACUCUCCUUUGAUGUAACCUGCAGGAAUGUAUUGGUAAUUAGACCAGUCUGCUCAGUGUCUGUCUGCCUUAUGUGGACUCAGGAAUACUGUACAUUCAACACUGUUAGACACCUUACAAAGGACCAAGACAGAUAUUUCUACUAGCAGAAGGAGACAUUGGAUGUCAUUUUGCUUCAUGAUGAUCAUGACACAAAGGCCAUUUCCAGAUGAAUAGCGGUCUGUAUGUGGACACCCCUUCAAAAUUAGUGGAUUCAGCUAUUUCAGCAACACCUGUUGCUGACAGGUGUAUAAAAUUGAGCACACAUCCAUGCAAUCUACGUAGACGAACAUUGGCAGUAGAAUGGCAUUACUGAAGAGCUCAGUGACUUUCAACGUGGCACCAUCAAAGGAUGCCACCUUUCCAACAAGUCAGUUUGUCAAAUUUCUGUCCUGCUAGAGCUGCCCCGGUCAACUGUAAGUGCUGUUAUUGUGAAGAGGAAAUGUCUGGGAGCAACAAUGGCUCAGCCGCGAAGUGGUAGGCCACACAAGCUCACAGAACGGGACUGCCGAAUGCUGAAGUGCGUAGUGCGAAAAAAUAGUCUGUCGGGAGCUUCAUGCAAUGGGUUUCCAUGGCUGAGCAGCCACACACAAGCCUAAAAUCACCAUGCGCAAUGCCAAGCGACGGCUGGAGUGGUGUAAAGUUCGCCGCCAUUGGACUCUGGAGCAGUGGAAACACAUUCUCUGGAGUGAUGAGUCACGCUUCACCAUCUGGCAUUCUCAUUGAUUAAUCUUGGUUUGGCGGAUGCCAGGAGAACGCUACCUGCCCCAAUGCAUAGUGCCAACUGUAAAGUUUGGUGGAGGAGGAAUAAUGGUCUGGGGCUGUUUUUCAUGGUUCGGGCUAGGCCCCCCCUUAGUUCCAGUGAAGGUAAAUCUUAACGCUAAAUUCUAGACGAUUCUGUGUUUCCAACUUUGUGGCAACAGUUUGCGGAAGGCUCUUUCCUGUUCCGGUAUGACAAUGCCCCAGUGCACAAAGCGAGGUCCAUACAGAAAUGUUUUGUCGAGAUUGGUGUUGACGAACUUGACUGGCCUGCACAGAGUCCUGACCUCAACCCCAUCGAACACCUUUGGGAUGAAUUGGAACGCCGACUGCAAGCCAGGCCUAAUCGUCCAUCAUCAGUGCCCAACCUCACUAAUGCUCUUGUGGCUGAAUGGAAGCAAGUCCCCGCAGCAAUGUUCCAACAUCUAGUGGAAAGCCAUCCCAGAAGAGUGGAGGCUGUUAUAGGGGGGACCAACUCCAUAUUAAUGCCCAUGAUUUCGGAAUGACAUUUUCGACGAGCAGGUGUCCACAUGCUUUUGGUCAUGUAGUGUAAGUAGCCUGAUAUUAAACCUCUGGUAGGCUACUAGACAACAUUCUCACCUACAUUGAAGCGCCUCCUAUAGCGUGCAAUUAAAGAUCUGGGCCUAACCCUAACCCUACUGUUAGACACAGUGCAACUUCAGGGGUGAUGGGUUCACUGAUCACACAACACUGGACUGUAGGAAUGUUUGGUUGUCCACUGCAGGUGCUUUUCAUUUGGAGGGAACUUCAAAUAGGCACUGAAGCUGUGAGGGAAAUGCUGUAGCUUAUUAAAGUGUAGGAAACAGUUUUUAGUGGUUAAAAGAGGAGUAUUUUAUGUUUUAGUGAGUUUUUUGGGCUAGAAAAGAGAAACAUGAGCUAGGUUGAGUUUACAUGGACAUAACUUUAUUUUUCCUGAAGGAACUUUAAUUGUGGAAGUUUUAGAGGUAUGGCAUGACAUUUACCUACUCUAGUAAAGGUGAUUAUUGUUAGAAGAUAAAUGUUCUAGUGUCUCUCUGACUUUAUCACGUCUCCCUUUAGUGAUGUGUGUGUUAUCUCUGUCCCUUGUGUACUAUGUCCAGGUCCCUGCAGUUCAGGCAGAGGUGGACAGUAUUGGGUUAGAGUGAGUUAGGAUGUAAAUAAUGUCUGACAAUGGGCUGAAUGUCACGUGAGAUAAAUUGAAACACAUGGUGUCUGGGCGGGUAAAGGUCACCCCUGUGGUGUGAAUGCAGAGGACAGGGCUGUGUUUGCCUGUGAGAGAGUGUGUUUGUUUAUGGGGGGCUGUGGGGUGGGGAUUGACUCCUCAUCAUUCUCUGGCCCUGCCUAACCCUGGCUGUGGGCUGAUCGACUCUGCUGCUGGCUCUAACCAUAACCCUAACCCUGGCUGUGGGCUGAUCGAUUCUGCUGCUGGCUCUAACCAUAACCCUAACCCUGGCUGUGGGCUGAUCGACUCUGCUGCUGGCUCUAACCAUAACCCUAACCCUGGCUGUGGGCUGAUCAACUCUGCUGCUGGCUCUAACCAUAACCUUAACCCUGGCUGUGGGCUGAUCAACUCUGCUGUUGGCUCUAACCAUAACCCUAACCCUGGCUGUGGACUGAUCAACUCUGCUGCUGGCUCUAACCAUAACCCUAACCCUGGCUGUGGGCUGAUCGACUCUGCUGCUGGCUCUAACCAUAACCUUAACCCUGGCUGUGGGCUGAUCAACUCUGCUGCUGGCUCUAACCAUAACCCUAACCCUGGCUGUGGGCUGAUCAACUCUGCUGCUGGCUCUAACCAUAACCCUAACCCUGGCUGUGGACUGAUCGACUCUGCUGCUGGCUCUAACCAUAACCCUAACCCUGGCUGUGGACUGAUCGACUCUGCUGCUGGCUCUAACCAUAACCUUAACCCUGGCUGUGGGCUGAUCAACUCUGCUGCUGGCUCUAACCAUAACCCUAACCCUGGCUGUGGACUGAUCGACUCUGCUGCUGGCUCUAACCAUAACCUUAACCCUGGCUGUGGGCUGAUCAACUCUGCUGCUGGCUGUAACCAUAACCCUAACCCUGGCUGUGGACUGAUCGACUCUGCUGCUGGCUCUAACCAUAACCCUAACCCUGGCUGUGGGCUGAUCAACUCUGCUGCUGGCUGUAACCAUAACCCUAACCCUGGCUGUGGGCUGAUCAACUCUGCUGUUGGCUCUAACCAUAACUGUUUAUUAUCUAUCCCGUUGCCUAGUCACUUUAUCCCUACCUAUAUGUACAUAUCUACCUCAAUUACCUUGUACCCCUGCACAUGGACUCGGUACUGGUACCCUGUGUAUAUAGCCAAGUUAUCAUUAUUCAUUGUGUAUUUACUCCUUGUGUUAUUAUUUUUCAAUUCAAUUUUUUCAAUUUUUCUACUAUUUCAAUUUAUUUUAUCUCUGCAUUGUAGGGAAGGACCCAUAAGUAAGCAUUUCACAGUUAGUCUACACCUGUUGUUUACGAAACGUGACAAAUAAAAUGUUAUUUGAUUUAACCCUAACCCUUACUGUGGUCUGACUGCUGCUGGCUCUAGCCCUAACCUAACCUAACCCUGCCUUGCCCUGACUGUGGGCUGACUGCUGCUGGCUCUAGCCCUAACCUAACCUAACCCUGCCUUGCCCUGACUGUGGGCUGACUCGGCUGCUGCUACUGGCUCUUCAAAGCCAUUUCACAUAGUUUGAACUUAGAAUGUUCCUUGUAAAUCGGCUUAACUCUACAAUAUACUGCUGUUAGUCUAUGAUACCUGUUUCACAGCGUCUGAAGGGUCCAGUUAGCCAUACAGGACUGAGUGGAUGAAUGAGAGCCUUUCAUUGUCCCUUCAGACCUUCCUCAACCCCCUGUUCCCUUCUUCCCCACCUCCUCCUCCUCCUCCUCCUCCUCCUCCUCCUCCUCCCCUCCUUCCCUCCUCCCCUCCUUUUCCAGCCCCCCUACUGAGCCACAGCCAUGAGACCGUCUAUUCAUCCCCGGCUGAUAUUACCAGUUAGCGGCACAGAAUUUAGCCCUGCAUACACUCCACCCCUCCCCCUCCUCCACCCUCCCCUCUCUCAUGUACCCUCUGUUCAUGACAGCCUGCUUUAUGUGUCCCUGUAGGACGGUACAAAGGUGGCCCACUGACUGUUAUGUCUGCUGGUUGUUACUUUUUCUGGACUGGAGGUUGUAAGGGAUGGGGAGGUUAUAUGAGUUCACUGACAGACUAGAUUAAGGGGGCAGGGUCUGAAAAACAGAAGUUUGGACGUGUUUCUGAUGUAAAGUCAUGUCUAGGAUAAGUGCUGCAGAAGUGAAGUAGCUAACUGUCUGUUUGCUUCUCUGUCUUCACUUACACAUCAUAAAAUAAACCUCUCUCUCCUUUCCUCUUAUCUCUAAAAAUAUAUCUUCUGCUUCUAUUGCACUUAUAUAGGAAUCUGCAGCUGUUAGAUAGAUUCCUUAAAAUAAUUUGAUUGUUUAAUCAAACGUUUCCGGUGUGCACCUGUCUCUGGUCCGUUAAGAGUAUGUGUUUUGGUGGGAUUGUGUGUGUGGGUGGGUGUGUAGUGGUUAACUGGGUCGGGUGUGUGUUUUGGAUAAAAGGUAUGUUGCCCAGGGCAAGGGUACAUCAAAGGUCACAUGACGACUCCUUUUGUUUUGAUCUGGCCAGUGUUGCUGCUCCCAUCUUUCUUCACUCUGUAAUUAAACAUGUACACUAUGUAAAUGUCAGAGAGAGAACCACAGAGAGGGACAGAGUGAGAGAGAGAGAGAGAGAGAGAGAGAGAGAGUAGAGAGACGAGAGAUAGAGCGAAGAGAGAGAGAGAGAGAGAGAGAGAGAGAGAAUUGGUUGGGGGAGAGAGACGGAGAGACGGAGAGAGAGAGGAGGAGAGAGAGAGAGAGAGAGGAUGGAUUUGUCUGUGUUUUUAACAACAACGGCAUAGAGCUAACCACUUUGUAACCAGGGAGCCUUACAUCUCAAAUGUCACUGUUUUUAAACAUGAUUGGUUUAAGACUGGAUGUAAGACAUUCUUUACUAUAGACACGCCCUUAGACUCAGUGAUAUUAUGGUGGGUAUCUUUCGUGCGCUAAAAGAGGCUUCCUCUGGGUACCCCCUGUGGCCCCCAUAAUGCACUGCUUUUACCUUUGACCUCUUGACACAUUAUGUAUUUAUAUCUUAUGGUGCCCUGCGGUCAGGACGAGGUCAAGUUGUAACUUGGAUGGCUGUCACUAUUAAAGAAUAGUUCGGUGAACCACGUCAUUGGUUUAGUGAAGCAUGUUCUUUAGACUAAGAUAUAGAGACACCGUAGACAAUAACAGGGCUCUGCAAAGGUCUGGUUGUCAUUCAUAAAUUCACAGUUAUUUUCCGUGUCUGGUUAAUGUACGCUUCUUAGCUGUCUCUUUAGCGUCCUGAUCUCUGCCCUUGAAAUACAUCUCUCUCUUUCAAUUCAAUUUCAAUUCAAUUUAAGGGCUUUAUUGGCACGGGAAACGUAUGUUAACAUUGCCAAAGCAAGUGAAGUAGAUAGUAAACAAAAGUGAAAUAAACAAUAAAUAUUAACAGUAAACAUUACACUCAGAAGUUCCAAAAGAAUAACCACUUACCAAACAUAUAUCCUUGUAGACUUUAAGUACUUCAAUUGUAUUAAGACAGUGCCAAAUGGAACAAAGUUUAAUUCAUGUCACUGCAAGUCUUAUGGUCUCUUGUACUGUACCUGUGAAAAACAGCAGUCAUACAGUCAUUUAUUGAUCCCGUGUCUCUGGCCCAUUCUGGGCCUGGCCUUUUCUGUCUCUGUCUCUGGCCCUGUGUCUGUCUGUCCCCAGUCUGGCCCAGGACUUGGUGUCUCAGUGUCUCUGGUCCCUGUUUGUGUGCGGACGACCAUCUCUCAAGCAUAUCCUAAUGAAAGCUGACUCUAGGCAGGGUUCAGCCACUCUCUAUUGGUGUGUGGGUGACAAAUGAGGUAAUGCAUGUCAACUUAACUCAGACCACAGCUUGAUCUCAGCUUGGUCUCUCCUGUGUUCUCCCCACCCCCUCCAUCCUGCCACCCCUCCAUCCUGCCACCCCUCCGUCCCUCCUCCACCCCUCCUUCAGUCCUCCAGACUCCUUGGCACACAGGUUCAAUGCCAAUGCCCAGUUGGCGGGCCAAUCCUGGCUUUCAUGGUCUACUGAUUGUGUGAAAUAGGUGACCUGUGAUCCCAGGUGAUCAACUUAAAUGUGGCUUAUAAUAAUAUAUGCUUUGGCUCUGGCAUGGUAUUUACAUUGGUUUAGGCAGUAGGUGCUUUGCUUGGAGAUAUGUGGUCCAUUAGGUGGUCUGUUUGGGUUUUGAUUUACAGUAUGUACGGGCUGAAGAAAGGGAUUUUGGUUCAAUUCCAACCUGGUCUACAGUGAGAAUUAUUUUUGAUGUUCUGCAGUGUGGAACUGCAAUUGUACAAUGAGCUGUUGAUGGAUUGUCACAGAGAGAGAGAGAGAGAGAGACAGAGAGAGAGAGAGAGAGAGAGAGAGAGGAGAGAGAGAGAGAGAGAGAGAGAGAGAGAGCAAGAGAGAGAGAGAGAGAGAGCUAGAGAGAGAGAGAGCUAGAGAGAGUGAGAGAGAGGAGAGCUAGAGAGAGAGAAGAGAGAGAGAAGAUAGAGAGAGAGAGAGAGAGAGAGAGAGAGAGAGAGGAGAAGAAAGAAAGAGAGAGAGAGAGGGGGGGGGGGGACAAGCCUUAGCAUAUGGAUGUUUAUUCACUACCUGUCAACAAUUCAGAAAUCUGUUUUGUUAACAUGGGGGACACGCAUGCACACAUGCACACACACACACACACCACACACACACACACACACACACACACACACACACACACACACACACACACACACACACACACACACACACACACACACACACACACACCCACACACACACACACACACACACACACACACACACACACACACCCACACACACACACACUUUCUAUACACAAUCCACAGUCCACUUAGCUUUCGACAAGUUAUAGCCUGCUGCCUUCCCCUUAUGGCUCUCUGACAACCUUCUGCUGCUAUUCCAGUAUAGUGUGUGGCAGAAACACUCUCUGACAUGCGCAUAACAGGAUCAGUCAGCUCCUUACUUUUCCUCUAGGCACAGUACUCAUCUGCCAGGCUCCAUACCCAACGCAUCAUCGUUUAUACUCCUGCAAGUUCCCUUCCAGCUGUCCCUCAAAGGUGUGAAUAGGUGCAGGAAUCUUUGUUAGCAAUUAUAGAUUGAGGAGAAUUCAGAUGAUGUAGCCAAGAUGUACUGUAUGCCAGCUAGAGUGAGUUAUGAUCUUUAUGUGCUUUGGCUGUAUCGGCCCUGUUGGAGAGCAGUGAUACAACAUAGACAUACUGUAGAUCUACUGGAACGGAUACAAGGUAGAGAGUUCUGGAACAAAUAUAACCUAGAGACAGUUCUGGAACGAAUAGAACCUAGACAGUUCUGGAACAAAUAGAACCUAGAGACAGUUCUGGAACAAAUAGAACCUAGAGACAGUUCUGGAACAAAUAGAACCUAGAGACACUUCUGGAACAAAUAGAACCUAGUGGAAUGGAUGUCAGUCAUUGUGGCAGUAAGAAAACAUGAGUGAACUCGCCAACCCAUGGAGGCUUUUCAGUAUUUUCUAUCACUCUGUGCAGUGUGAUGAUUCUAUGCUAUUAUACUUUCUAUUCUUACGACCUCCAUUACCCUGUUUAUGAUGCGAUUGUUUUCACCACCUAGACAUCCUCCCAAAGCUCGUUCUCAACCUUCCCUGAGGACAUUUCGAGGGAUGAAGGGUGCAGUUAGAACCACGCAGGUUGCAUCCCAAAUGGCUCCCUAUUGAGUGCACUACUUUUGAUCAGAGCCUUGCACUAUAAAAGGAAUAGGGUGCCAUUUGAGACGCACAAAUGGUUACAUCUGCUGUGACACUCCCAAGGCGUUCAGUGCAGCAAACCACUCUGGCUAUACUUGUGGCCUUGUGGCUAUAGUAAUGGCUAUAGAUAACUCUCCAGCCUGGGCUUGUGGUAUUGGGGUGAAAGCUACCUGCUUUAGAUCCUACAGAGAUGAGGCUACCAGGCUGGGCCAUGAACAUUUUACCCUGGCUCCUGGCACUGGUGUAGUUAAAAAGGUGCAUCUGAUUUCACUCACGUUGAGUACCCUCAAAGUACCCUAGGGUAUACUACCCUCUCUAACCCCCCACCUCAACCCGAAUUAGCUCUACCAAUAAAUGUUGGAUUCCAUCCUCCCUUGGUGUUUAGCAGCAGAUUAAUGAGAUCUGCAAUGCUUUUGUAAUUUUUUUGGUCACAACAUUACGGUGCCUUGCAAUCUCUGCUGACAUUUUUUGAUCACAGUCUGACACAAGAUUGUCAGUACUGCACUUCCAUCCGUGGGUUUCUGUUGUUUGUCUGUCUGUCUUUGCUCCAUCAUAAAUCACACAUUUGCUCUUCCCGCUGCUCAGACAGCACACAUGGAUUCCAGGUGUUUCUUCAUUUUGUCUUCCUGAUGGUACAUGUUUGUUUGAUUUCCCUUUCUGGCUGGGUAAACCCCAGUGGUAAGAAUAAUAAUUUACUUACCCAGCCAGUGUCUAAACUUGAUUCACCCUGUGGAUGAGUGUCUUGUGGUAUGUGUCAAGCUGUUUAAUCAGUGGGCUAGAAUCACAUUCCAUUUCCCUUACUACCCCUUGCUAGCCUGAGAACUCUGAGACUGCACGGCCACAGACUAGCUCCUAUAGGGGGUGAUGGGAUUAAAUGUUAUCUGACAUAUGGUUAUGAUGUUCUGUUUUUUCUACAGUACAGAGAUCAAUAUUCAUCAAAUCUAUGACUAAAGAUAGACAUGUUAUUUCACUUUUUUAUUGUUCAUAUAAUAUUUGAACAAUACAAUACUGUGUCUGUCUGCUCUGCUAACUCUUACCUACUGGAAGGGUUAGAGGUAAAUGUGAUUUUUUUUUAAAUCCUUAUUUAUUUCCUUGUUGUCUUUCUGCAGGGUGACAUCCAGCAGCUGCUGAUUGUGGCCGAUCCUAAAGCAGCUUAUGACUACUGUGAACACUACAGCCCCGACUGUGAAACUCCCCAUGGCCACUCACUGCAGGCCCAGCAGCCCGAGGACGAGGUCAGUAUGCUGAGGGCCACAAGGCUGUGGAUGGAGGGCCCCACUAUGGGGGCCCCAGUUUCAGGCCCCCAGUGUGAAUAAGUGCACCUGGACUCAUUCUGGCGCUGCCAGCUCUUGAGGUCCUUAUGGAACCCUAUGCAGCAAAUCAUGGAUCCUAGACACACAGGAUAUACAAAGUCUCACUAGUCCCUUUUAGAGCAUCAUUAGAUGUGUCAAUGAAUUGAUGUAUUUCUAUGGUAUUUACUUCCUUUACCUUUAACGUCAAUAGAGGAAGGAGCAAGGUCAUUGAAGUCUCAUUGCUCCAAUUCCUCAUCCAUCCAUGAAGGUUUUAACUCAGUACAACAUCUAAUGAUCUUUUCAGAACACUCUUGAGGUACUUGCUCUUAAAUUUCCUUACAGGUAUUUUUCUUUGAAUUGGACCACAGUGGAAAUUAUUUAAAUGCCACAAUGUCUGUGUCCACUUUGGAGUGGAGAGUUCUAUGGCUUGUUCUGCUAACAAGUUUCACAGAUCCACCAUAGCACCAGAGCCAAACCGCAGGAACAGAAUACAGAACACAGCCAACCACGUGCCUUAACACUGUCCUGCAAAGCGAUACAUGACAUCUGUGUUAUCCACAGAUUAUGUGAUACAGAUAAGGAUAUACAUCUAAGAUAUAGUACGAUCUGGAAACUAAAUGUACUAGGUCAUUCUUAUCGUAAGAGCAGCAGGUUUUUUCCUUAUUAUGAGUCAUUUAUACACUUAUUAAAAACACUUAGAAACUCACAACAGAACAAUAGGGGAGACCACAGGAGAGGGAGGGACACCUCUCUAACAGUCUGCUUACAGUAGAUAUGAAUGCCCCCCAGUCUCCUUGAGGGUUCAGUGCUCUUGAUGUCUUGUCUGAGUGGUGCCAGGAUGUAAAUCUGCCGACUCGCCUGGACGGGAUCCUGCAUGUGGCCUCUCUUUCUUUCUCUGUCUCUCUGUCAUGUCUCUCUGUCUCUCUGUAUAUCUGUCUCUCUCUCUCUUCUUCUCUCUCUAUCUCUCUGGUUAUCUGUCUAUCCUCGCUCUGGUUCGGCUCUAUUCUCUAGAGAUCCUGUUUCUAUAGAUCGCGAAUAGUCGCUCUAGAGCGAGAGAAGAGAGAGAGAGGAGAGAGAAGAGCGAUAUCUAGAGAGACGCGGUUAAAAUCGAGAGUCGAGAGAGAGAGAGGGCAGAGAGUAGAAGAGGGAGAGGAAGAGAGAGAAGAGAGCUGAGAGAGAGAGGAGGGCGAUCUCGUAGAGACCCUCUUGAUCGAGAGAGCGAUCUCUAUAGACCAUUUCUGCUCUCUGCUCCUCUCUCUCUCUCUAAUCUCUGUCUCCCCACUAUAUAGAGAUAUAUAUAUAUAUAUUUAUAUAUAUAUAUAUAUAUAUAUAUAUAUAUAUAUAUAUAUAUAUAUAUAUAUAUAUAAUAUAUAUAUAUACAGUUGAAGUCGGAAGUUUACAUACACCUUAGCCAAAUACAUUUAAACUCAGUUUUUCACAAUUCCUGACAUUUAAUCCUAGUAAAAAUUCCCUGUCUUAGGUCAGUUAGGAUCACCACUUUAUUUUAAGAAUGUGAAAUGUCAGAAUAAUAGUAGAGAGAAUGAUUUAUUUCAGCUUUUAUUUCUUUCAUCACAUUCCCAGUGGGUCAGAAGUUUACAUACACUCAAUUAGUAUUUGGUAGCAUUUCCUUUAAAUUGUUUAACUUGGGUCAAACGUUUCGGGUAGCCUUCCACAAGCUUCCCACAAUAAGUUGGGUGAAUUUUGGCCCAUUCCUCCUGACAGAGCUGGUGUAACUGAGUCAGGUUUGUAGGCCUCUUUGCUCGCACACGCUUUUUCAGUUCUGCCCACACAUUUUCUAUAGGAUUAAGGUCAGGGCUUUGUGAUGGCCACUCCAAUACCUAGACUUUGUUGUCCUUAAGCCAUUUUGCCACAUCUUUGGAAGUAUGCUUGGGGUCAUUGUCCAUUUGGAAGACCCAUUUGCGACCAAGCUUUAACUUCCUGACUGAUGUCUUGAGAUGUUGCUUCAAUAUAUCCACAUCAUUUUCCUUCCUCAUGAUGCCAUCUAUUUUGUGAAGUGCACCAGUCCCUCCUGCAGCAAAGCACCCCCACAGCAUGAUGCUGCCACCCCCGUGCUUCACGGUUGGGAUGGUGUUCUUCGGCUUGCAAGGUACCCCAUUUUUCCUCCAAACAUAACCAUGGUCAUUAUGGCUAAACAGUUCUAUUUUUGUUUCAUCAGACCAGAGGACAUUUCUCCAACAAGUACGAUCUUUGUCCCCAUGUGCAGUUGCAAACCGUAGUCUGUCUGUUUUAUGGCGGUUUUGGAGCAGUGGCUUCUUCCUUGCUGAGCGGCAUUUCAGGUUAUGUCAAUAUAGUACUCGUUUUACUGUGGAUAUAGAUACUUUUGUACCUGUUUCCUCCAGCAUCUUCACAAGGUCCUUUGCUGUUGUUCUGGGAUUGAUUUGCACUUUUCGCACCAAAGUACUUUCAUCUCUAGGAAACAGAACACGUCUCCUUCCUGAGCGGUAUGAUGGCUGCGUGGUCCCAUGGAGUUUAUACUUGCGAACUAUUGUUUGUACAGAUGAACGUGAUACCUUCAGGCAUUUGGAAAUUGCUCCCAAGGAUGAACCAGACUUGUGGAGGUGUACAAUAUUUUUUCUGAGGUCUUGGCUGAUUUCUUUUGAUUUUCCCAUGACGUCAAGCAAAGAGGCACCGAGUUUGAAGGUAGGCCUUGAAAUACAUCCACAGGUACACCUCCAAUUGACUCAAAUGAUGUCAAUUAGCUUAUCAGAAGCUUCUAACGCCAUGACAUCAUUUUCUGGAAUUUUCCAAGCAGUUUAAAAGCACAGUCAACUUAGUGUAUGUAAACUUCUGACCCACUGGAAUUGUGAUACAGUGAAUUACAAGUGAAAUAAUCUGUCUGUAAACAAUUGUUGGAAAAAUUACUUGUGUCAUGGACAAAGUAGAUGUCCUAACCGACUUGCCAAAACUAUAGUUUGUUAACAAGAAAUGUGUGGAGUGGUUGAAAAACGAGUUUUAAUGACUCCAACCUAAGUGUAUGUAAACUUCAACUGUAUAUAGAUAUAAAUAUGUAUAUCUUUCUGUCUCUCUCCUAUGAGCCCAUGGAAGACAUCUCAUCAGUCCCAUUAUCAGCUAAGCAACUGGAUGGGGACUAACAUUGAUUCAUCUGUGAAGGAUGCAAUUAUUUUAACCCAUGUCAAACAGUCAAGUUAAACCUCUCUGACUGUUUGAUAUUCAAAGUAAUCAAAACAAUGAGUUUGAUCAGAUAAUGUAAAAUAUAUAUUCAGUACACAAUUUACUCCAAAUGUAUAUGUCAUAUUACGUUGCAUAGCUCAUCAUUGAUUAUGCAUUUGAACAUGUUCAGUCUUCCCACCUAUAACUACCAGGAUAAGGAGAGUUUUACUGCCACUGUUAAUUUAAUAAAUCCCUUCUCCACUUUCCACUUCCUCUGAGUCAUAAAAUAGUGUUUUGUUAUGUUCACUGGGGAUGCUGUUAAUGAGAGCCAGACAGUCACACGUGCAGCUCCUCAGUGUAACCACAUAUAAACCACAAAUAACCACAAGGAAAGAAAGGGAAAUCAAAACUAGCAGGAAGUUACACAUUCAGUAAAUCACACUCUUUAAUCUACUCUGCUUCAGAUGUAGGUGCUAUAGGAUAUAAUUUAAACCACUGCUAUGACGGAAAAGUUCCAUUACCAAACCCCUGCUAUACUACAUGCAGCUGGUGUUCUUCUCAUGGCUUUCCCUGAUGUACACCUCAGCUUUUUAGUAGGUUUUAUACACCCCACCUGUUUUUACAUCUGUAGCUCUCACAUGGUUUCCAUCAUGUGCUGUUCUUAGUAUUUAUUUCCAUUUAAAGAUCAAUGGCCAACUGAUGCUUAACCCUAACCUUGCCUUGCAGAUGUAUUGUUUAAGAGCUAGCUAUCGCUCAUAAAUGAUAUUACUAUAAUAAAAAAGUAUUGUCUCGUGCUGUGCAGCUACACAUCAGUUUUGUAAACAAGCAUUAGCUAUGCAUUUCCAUUGGCAGAAAAGCUACACAGCAUAUCGUUGGAGACAAUACUUUGAUGACUUACAAUAUGACAUGCUAAUUAUUACAUUGUACAAUAUUAUUCAUAUUUUUUGAUGAAUAAUGCAAUCUAAUGAGUGUAACUUGUUACAGUUUUAAUUCAUAAUAUGUCCACGACAGACAUGUUAUAUUUAUAUCAUAUUUUUCCUGAGAAAAUGAGUUCUCUGUUAUGCUAAUGCUAAUGCUAACAUACUAAUGCUAACAUCUCUCCCUCUCCCCCUUCAGUACACUACUGCUGAUGACUUAGAUUACACUCAGUUCUAUGAUUACUCUGAAGUAGAAGGAGAGACAGAGACCAUUCCAACAGACGAGUACGAGGCGGGUAGUGACCCUCAGGUAAAUGAAACACUGAAAAGAAAGCAAAAGAAGCUUCUUUGUCCUGUGGUGUCUUACUGUCAGUUAUUGUGACACCUCUUGUGCCCUCCCUCCCUUUCCCAACUCUUCUGGUUUACUGUCUAAUGUAUGUCUUGAUGUGUCAAUCAAACUUGAAUUCAUAGCUACAAGGCCCGCCCUCUGCUCUCACACGGCGAAUGCCAGCUUUGAAUGUUUGUCUUAUGUUCAGUUUGUAUCUCAGGUUGAAAACAUAUCCCACAAUAUCUGGUGUUGUUGUUUAUUUUCAACCCCACCCCUUCCUCUUCUCAAUGUUGUUAUGUGUUGUCUUGUUCUUCUAUCACUAUAACCUUCUUCCAGAGAAAGAAACGUAGUGUCUACAUGAAAAAGAAGAGGACCCGAAAGUCCCUUAAGUCUAAGGCUAAGCCCCUAAAGUUCCAGGCCUCUAAAAAAUCUGCAGCUAAAAAGUUAGCGGCCGCUAAGAAGAAGAGACAGAUGAAUGGCUAUCAUGGCUAUCAAGCUACCGCGCCGGAACUACACCGACACAGAGUAUUAGGGGUAACAGUACCAGUAAAGAAACAUCAGAUAACAUCCAGAUCUUUCCUCUGACGUUUUCUGGGGAAAAUCUGUGAUGCUAGACUGAAAGCUAUACCUAACCCCCCCUUCUACACCGUCUCUCUCUAGACCCAGCAGAGUUAUAGCUAGCUGGACAGGCCCCAAGCGAAUACCACCUUGUGUUGUGCUCGUUCUGUUUUAACCCGCUUCUCUGUUCUUCUUCUUCUUCUUCUUCUUCUUCUUCUUCUUCUUCUUCUUCUUCUUCUUCUUUCCUUUUCAAUGUGACACAACUUCAGCUAAACAAUGUAGACGGAGAAUACACUGAAUAUACUGACAGUGAGCUUGUCUACGGAACUGUAGAGGGUACUCAAACUCAGUCUCCAAUUGCCACCAGUGGACCAAAUGAGGUAACUUUUUACUUUUCAUAUUUAGUUUUUUAUUUACUUAUUACUAUAAGAAAGAAAGAGCAGUUUUUUGGGAGUAAAAGAAACCAGGAAGACAUAUUACCAAAGGAAGUAUCUGGUAUGAAAUGACAAAGACAAAACAAUUCAAAAGCAAUUGUUCUGUUUUGAACUUGAUGUUUUUGUUGACAGCAGAACUGUUGGAUAGAGGAGAUUAUUAAGCAUCAGAAAGCUACAACAAUAUGUCAUUUAUGGCUUUAUUCAAUCCACUUUAGUACUAUCCACUGACCUGUAAGUAUAUUUUGCAUCCUAUAAUGUAAUCUCAGUGGAUUGCCAUGCAAAUAAUGUGUAGCUUUCUGUUGUUUAAUUCAAUUCUGGCUAAGGCGGCAGUUUCAUGCGUAUCUAAUAUGUAUGUAUGUGCAUUACACUUCAUCAACAGUCAUCUUAGAUGAUACUGAUUCAUUGCUGGAUAAUGUUUGUACAUUGAAAUAAUAAUCUAACGGUUAUCUGCCUCCCUCAGUAUAGAUUGAUCUAUUAGAUGGUAAUGGUAUUAUAAUCGUAUUACACAUACAGUAUUUUGGCCAUUUACAUUAUUCUGGUAUACUGACAGUACCAGUUAUAUGACAAGCAAUAAGAACUAUUUGUGAAACAAACUGGGUCACAGCUGAAAGGAGAAAUAAGAUAGGUAUAUAUUUCAUGAUUGUUUUCGAUUAGAAAAAAAAUCAUUUUUCUUUAGUCUGUGUGGGUCUAAGACUUUGUUAGAGGCCUUUUGUGAAAUAGAAACCACACAGUAAAAGUUAAGCAAUAUGUCGCCAGUUUAGUAGGCCAACAAAUGGAUUCUCAGUAUACACUGCAGCACAGUCUGCGUUCAGAGGCAUCACAAACCAAAAUAACCUUAAAUACAAUCGUCAAAGUCACAUUUGGUGUUUACUUCAUGGACAAAAUGUACCUUUUACUUUUAGGAGUGGUGUACUUUUCUGUAUGAGAUUGAUGGUACAGUAGGUAGGGGAAACGAUUUGAUUUGCAGCCUUACCCAUGAUUGACAGUAUGCAAUGGCCAAUCAUAAAAGGGUAAAUUUCUCUCUGUGGAGAGCCAAGCCCCUCCUUCUAGCCAUAAAGUUUCUGCUGAGUUAAACAUGGGGUUUGUGUUCUGUCUCAAGUGAGAUAUGGGUGUCACAGCAAUCACCCCUGUUCUGCCGUAGAUGGCCAGCCCUUUGCAUAGCUUUUGAUUAAUAGUUCUCCCAAUCGCACCAAUAGAACUAUGAUCAACCAAGCAGAGGAAUCUUCACAGCCGAUUAUGAUACUUGUUGCACUGUUACUGCAGUAGCAAUGUGUUUCACAUGGAUGUGAUGUCACUGGGUUAUCUUGCCCUUGAUUGCAUAUCAUUUCAAUUUACCAUAGGGUAGAAUGGGGUAAGUUGGGCCCACUGGAUCAUAUUACCCUGUUCUCCCCUACAUGCCAAAAUCUGGUUCUCCCUCACUGAUAUUAUCAGCUCAGAUACCUGUGUCAUGACAUCCAUUUUGUUGGCUUCCAAAGCGAAAUCCACAACGAUCACUCAUUAUGACGGUGCUGUCAGAUUGUGGUUGUAGAGCUUUGCCAAAUGCAGAGAAUGUCAUACAUAAUAGAGUCACGUUAUAAACAUUUGGUAUCUAUCCAAAUCAACUAGUAAAUUGAACAUCAAAUCCCUUGUACACAUAUGUACUCUGCAUUUUUGCACAUUGCUACAUUCUAGAUUCACCAUUCAUGAAAUAUGCUUAUAGUGUCAUUUCAGAUUUACUUAAUCUAUUUCAGUCUUUUUUCACCAUUGUACAUAUAUUGAUAUUCUGGUGGUAUGUAUUAUGUUUGUGCAAAAAAUACUGAAAUAACCUAAAGUCUGUCUUAGACUUGACUGAUUGACCUAAAUUUGAUCAUCUAAAUUUAUAAUGCUUUUUUUAAGUCAUCAAGGUAACACUUUAUUUGUCCCUUUUUGUUAUAGGCCUGAAGUCAAUACUGGACAAUGAUAAUAUCUGUUGCAUAACACACAUACAGUGCAUAAACAUUACAGAGUAAUGACAUACAGAGUAACAGUAUAUGAAGCAAUGGCUAGAUUAUAAUUACACACUAUCAUAAAGUUAAAUCAAUAUCUCACCAACAAACAUUUAGAUUUCCACAAGGUUACAUGGGACUUAAAUAUGGUGUUACCACAUUGCCAUAGCCUUCUCCAUGUAUCACAAUGCUGGUUUCAUCCUUCUGCUAAGGCUUUACAUAGACAGUAGUCUCCUCUACCUACCUAUGCCUUAACUGCUUGACUAACAACCCUGUUCCCUCCAUUGCUCACCCCUCCACCUCCCUCAUCCCCCCAACGCUCCGCUGCUUGGGUAACAUAAGGCUGUGGAGGAGGAGAUUGUUGCUGGUGACUAUGUUGUCACUGGAGCUGCCCCACUGGGUCAGGAGCCCACCGGUGCCCCCGAGGCUGGCCUGGACAGUGUGGACCCCGGAGUGGACGCGUAUGACUUUAAGGAGUAUGACCUAGGGGGCGUGUUGGACAAUAAGCAGUAUGAGUAUGGGGUGUAUGAUGAGUAUGGCAAUGUCGCCGCUGAGCUACCCAACCCCAUGGAUACCGUCGAAGAAGAGGUGGGGCUGGGGGUUCCCGCGGAAACGGAGGAACUCACCCAGACUGCCGUAAGUAUGGCACCCCUCGCCCCCGACUAAGGGGUGUGUGCAUGAACCAGGGGUGUACGCCGUGGGGUCCCAACCCGGCCCACAGGCUGUGGUUAUGGAAUCAGAACUCUCUCAUUUCAGAAGCAUCGUGAUUCUAGUUUGUCUUGGCAUGGGGACUUUGUCUGUCAUUGUCAUGCUGUGUGUGUGGAGGUUGUCUUAGCUUGAAUGUGAAUGCGUUCCUGUCUGCCUGAACUGUCUCACUGUCUGGAUGGGUUAGACAUGUUAGUGGUUGGUCUGAUAGGGAGAAGGAAAGUGCAUGUCACUUUUAGAUAGCAGCCUGCCAUUGACUUAUCUUCAACACAGCAUAGGCCUGAGGGAAAUCUUAGAGCCUUGGCUGUUAGUGUCUGAGACCGUCAGGCCUAUGCUCUCAUUAUGGCAGGAGACUUCUACUCAGUAUACUCGCCUUGUCACAUAUGUUAUAUAUUAAAACCAUUGGUGUAAAAUCAUUGGUGUUGAUUCACUGUAUGUUUCAUCCAGUCAUCCUAACACACAGUCCCAUAUGAUCCAUAUGAAUGCAAUGACACUGCUCUCCAUUUCAAGCACUUUGAUCGAUCCUCUUUCAUUGAGACUAACAUGUUCUACCCGUUUCUGUCUUUCUCUCUGUCUGUUCUUCAUUCCUUCAUUCCUGUAGUUGUUGAAUAGCUCAUCACACAUCACUCUAUUAAAUCGGGUGUGUCCAUAUAAGAAUAUGAUACUGGAUUGAAAUAAUUGUUACACUUUUUCCCUUAGAAUUAUACUAUAGUAACCAAUAUCAUAUUCCUAUACACCACGCUUCGAUAUAAUCAUGUUCUUUGCUCGUGGAAUUGCCUCUUUCAUUCUUCUCAUCUCUCGUUCCGCCCAUCCCCGCUGGUCAUUGAUCCAGUGACUGUAGCUCCAUAUGAAGAAGCUCAUACAUCUGUCCUCCCUAUCUUCACAGGUGGCUGGUGGUGGGGAGAAAGGCCAGAAGGGAGAACCCGCUGUGAUCGAACCUGUAAGACCCUAAACACAACACUGCUGGUGUUGAGGGAAUAUGUGUACCCAAACAAAUUGUGUUAUACAGGAAGUUGAAAUAACUGUUUGGUUAUUAAUGAAUGUGCUCCUCCAUAGAGAGAUGAUGCAGUAAUAUAGACUGUGGUGCUGUGUAGUGCUGUGUAGUGCUGUGUAGUGCUGUGUAGUGCUGUGGUAAUUGCUGCACCAUGUUUGUGUUGAUCCUUGCUGUCCCAUUUAUUCAUUCAUGUUGUCUGUCGAUCACGUUUAGGGCAUGCUGAUUGAAGGACCUCCUGGACCUGCAGGCCCAGCUGUGAGUAACACAUAUCUAUUCAUCCUGAGGCAAACUGUUCCCUUUAUAGUGUACUACUACUUACUACCCAUAGGGCUCUGGUCAAAAGUAGUGAACUAUGGUGUCAUUUGGGAUGCACUCUAUAUCAAAAGAAUGGGACAGAUCUUUACUCAAACUUCAAUUAAAAUAUUCAAUUGAGUAGCAUACUGUACAUGAUUUGUGACUCAGCCUCAAUGUAUAGGGAUCUAUCUUAAGUCAGGAUGUAGGCCUAUGUAACAACAUUGCUGUGCCUUGUUUUGCAUGGGUUGUUUUUCUGUAGGGUCUACCAGGCCCCUCAGGUCUACAAGGACCCCCUGGUGUUGCUGGAGAUCCUGGUGACAGGGUGAGCCUCUAUUCCUGUAUACUACUCGUUUUCUCUCUCUCUCUCUCUCUCUCUCUCUCUCUCUCUCUCUCUCUCUCUCUCUCUCUCUCUCUCUCUCUCUCUCUCUCUCUCUCUAUCUCUCUCUCUCUCUCUCUCUCUAUCUAUCUAUCUCUCUCUCUCUCUCUCUCUCUCUCUCUCUCUCUCUCUCGGGCGCUCUCUCUGUGUGAGCAUGUGUGUAUGUAUGUGUGUCUGCAUAUAUGUGUGUGUAUGUGUAUGUGUGCGACCUCUGACCUGGGAGAAAGAAAGUGCAGAGGGAGAGGUGGAGAGGAAGAAAGAUGGAUGAGAGGAGGAGGAGUGAAGUGGGAGAUUCCCAUGUCAGGUCUGUCGUCAACUGUGUGGCUUCCUGGGGCUCAGUCAGUCAGUUUUCUCCCCUGUAGUUUUACAAGAGAGGUUUGUGUCCCUUGUCUUAUCAUGGUCAAUCUGUGUUGUCCACUCACAUAGGAGGGUCUCUAUCUGAGGACGGUUUAAGUCAUUGAGUGGUUGUAGUUGUUAUGUUUGAAAAUGACUACAAAUGGUCUACAGGCAAAUUACUGUAGCACAUUAAUAUAUUCACACAUUAACAGAGACUUUGAAGAGACAGUUGAAAACCAUUCAAUUUGAGGGAGAGAGAGCGGGGGAUGAAACAGCGAGGGAGAAGAGAGAAGGCAUGUGCAGCUGGAUGGAGAAUGAGGGAGACAGAGAGAGAUGAAAGGAUGACUGUAGGGUGGAGAGGAGGGGAAACCCACAGACUGUUAAAGUCUUGUUUUCAUUAGCUCUAACAGUACAACUGAUUCCAUGUAUAAAGUCAUAAUACUGUAUUUUCAGGGCCUGUAUUCAUAAAGCAUCUCAGAGUAGGAUUGCUGAUCUAGGAUCAGCUUUGCUUUUUAGAUCAUAAUGAUUAAGAUUACAUGGACAAGGGGGACCUGGUCAUAGAUCAGCAGUUCUACUCUGAGAUGCUUAAUGAAUAUGGGCCCUGAUCUCUGUUAUAGACAGACACUAGUAAUCAGCAUUAAGCUGUGGUGGAAUACUUAGAAAUGGCUUCCUUCCUUUACUCACCACUGACUCCUUUACUCACCACUGACUCCUUUACUCACCACUGACUCCUUUACUCACCACUGACUCCUUUACUCACCACUGACUCCUUUACUCACCACUGACUCCUUUACUCACCACUGACUGAUAGGUAAAAGUACUUGGUUAAGGUCACAACACUUUGAUUUCCCCAAUUCCUAAAUUAGCAGCUUAUUUGUAAUAGUAAGAUUACGUUUUGUGCUCAGACCAGCUAGUAGUGAUCAUUGUAAUGGACCGUGGAACAGUGUAAUACAGCUAGUGCCCUACAGCAUGCAUGCACUGUAAUUCACUAGGUGGCAGUAUGUCAGUCUGCUCUGUGAAUGAAUGAACGAACUAAGGAAUGAAUGAAUGAACUAACAAAUAUAUCCCAGUGAUAUAUCCCAGGCCCCGUGUAGCUCAGUUGGUAGAGCAUGGCGCUUUCAUCGCCAGGGUUGUGGGUUCGAUUCCCACGGGUGGCCAGUAUGAAAAUGUAUGCACUCGCUAACUGUAAGUCGCUCUGGAUAAGAGUGUCUGCUAAAUGACUAAAAUGUAGUUGUAAGAUAUGUUUCAAUAGAAUAAUUAGUGUUUCAUUUAAUAUAUUUUAACAUAAUUAGUAUUGUUAAUAGCAAUUAGCAUAAAAUCAGUAGCUGAGAGUAAUUUCCCCAUAUAUUAUUUGAGUUUCCAUGUAUGCCUUUCUGGUUUAAAAGCAAACAUUUAACCAGUGGCAGACUUGACAUUUUUGUUCUGUUUUUCUUGGAAUGGCUACAAUCAAUCGAUAGCUGCCUAGCUCAUAAAAUGACAUUCUGUACACACACAUGCACGCACGUACACACACACACACACACACACACACAGCCAGGCAUGCAAGUGGCUGUUGGUUUUGGAGAGAGGACAGUGCCAUGGCUCACAGAGAGGCCAUGUUAUUCUGGUUGUGUGAGGAGGGAAUGGAGAAGCAUGCUAAUGAUGCCAACCGUCCCUGGGCAAACACACCUCUGCCAUUUACUGUGUGUGUUUGUGUGUAGGCCUAUCCCUAUGUGUGUAUAGUUAUAUUUACUACUUAUUGUACUAAAAUUAUCAUUUCAUAUUGAUGCUUACACAUUUUGCAUAAUAAUCACAAUUCAUGAACCAAAGAGGAUUCAUAUUCAGACCAUACACCUCUAACCAACCUCCCUAUAGCACCUUACAUAACUAGACUAAGUACACACUUGCCAUGUGUACCAGAAAGUAUUACGUCUUUGUUCAGCUGCAAAUGUCAUUCCACUCAACAUGACACCACUCUGUGGCCAGUGUAAGUGAAAGAAAUGGGUCAGGACGAAAGGACAGGAUAAUCACCUGGGCUGCUGUAGAGUCCUCUGCUCUGAUACUUUACUCAAGUAGUUAUUAAGGCACAGGAACUCUCCAUGUUCAGUCACGCCACCUGGUAGUGAGGUUAUUCUCCUCUCCUCUCCUUAUCCUUCUGGUGUUGUAAUGAUGGAUGGAUGAGAAUGAUGAUGAUGAUGAUGAUGUUCUUAUUUUCCCUUUGAAUGGUGAACAUAGUGUGUGUCUCUCUGUCUCUGUCUCCCCCCCUCUCUCUCUCUCUCUCUCUCUCUCUCUCUCUCUCUCUCUCUCCUUCUCUCUCUCUCUCUCUCUCUGUCUGUCUGUCUGUCUGUCUGUCUGUCUCUCCCUGUCUCUCCCUGUCUCUCUCUCUCUCUCUCUCUCUCUCUCUCUCUCUCUCUCUCUCUCUCAAUCUCUCUCUCUCUGGGCAUGUUCUAACAUGGAAUCUUUCAAUCAACCAUGGUUCUUCAUUCUGAUUUAUCACCUGCUCUCUGUGACACCUUUUCCCAGGGUCCCGCAGGGCGGGCUGGUCUCGCAGGAGCCGACGGUUUACCAGGUCCUCCUGGUACCAUGCUGAUGCUGCCAGUAAGUACCAGACCUGACAUAUUGUUUAAUACAUCCAAUCCAACAUACACUAAUAUCUACCAGUAUUGAAAUGUAUUGGUAACUGUAAAGCACUUUAUGACAACUGCUGAUGUAAAAAGGGUGAUAUAAAUUAAUUGAUUGUCUUGCUUGAUCUUGAUCCAUAUUCUGCCCAUAUAUUGUCUUUCUUGGUCCAUAUCUUUGAUUGAUAUUCAGAUGUUCGUUGUUCACACACAGCAUGAUUGUGAUUUUUCUUUUGUAAGGCCUGUGUUUCUCUGUGUGACAGUUCCGUUUUGGAGGGGACGGAGAGAAGGGUCCCGUGGUGUCUGCCCAGGAGGCCCAAGCCCAGGCUAUCCUCUCCCAGGCUAGAGUGAGUUCACUAGGGCCGUAAUGGGCCAAAGAGGGCCAAAUGCCAUGGCUGUAGCAGACCGAAGGGGGCCAAAGCAGGCCAAACAGUACACCAGGGCUGAAGUGGGCCAAAGGAGGCCAAACGGCUCCAGUGUAGCCUUAGGGGGGUAAAACUGCCGCAGCUCUCUCUCUUGAAAUUAAAACAUUGUUUUAUUAAAAAGAGAACCUCAUUGGUGUUUCAGCCAUAUUCCUCUUUAUAGGUAUAUCCCUUCUCACAGCUGUGGUUUAUGGGAAGGGGGUGUGGGGGGCACUGAGAGAGGUGCUGAGCAGGCUACAUGCAGGAACACAGCCUGUUUGGACAGAUGCAGGAGGCAUUUAAAAAUACUACAGGAGUUCAUGACCCACGGCUAGGCCAGCCCAGCAGACCAACAGGUGUCUGAGGAAAGAGAGAGAGAGAGAAGAAAAUGAUUGGGCCACUGCUGUAGGCCACUGCGUCAUCAUGUUUCACUUACGGUAGACCCAUGACACCACAGAAAAAGAGUCGUAGUGGGUUAUAAGAGAGUGUUUGAGUUAGGAUGUAAAGAUGUCUGUGGGGUGCUGUGACAUAUGGAGGGUCUCGUUCUGACUGGUGAUUUGUCAUCCCUUCCCUUCCUCCCCCCUCCACCCUCCCCGCUCCACCCUCCUGCCAUCUACCCCACAGCUCGCCAUGAGAGGUCCCUCAGGUCCAAUGGGUCUCACAGGAAGAUCCGGUCCAGUGGUAAGUUUCAGUUCCUCCACCCCUCAUAACACACACAGACACACACAUCCCUGUUACUAAGUCUUUCCACCUCAUGUAAGGAAUGGUGAACAUGGGUCAUUGACUGCCCUGUCAGAAACCUUCAAAGUAUUAUGUCACAAUUCAUCCCUAUUUUUCACCCUCCAUAUGAGCUAUCUUCCUACAUAUUACCAUCCCGAGCUAUACACCAACUAUAUAAGUACCUGAGCAGAGAUGAAACAUGAACAAGAUUAGAGGGUUGAAGCUUCUUUAUAUAAUUCUAGUGCAUUUCUUUUUGUUUGUAUUCAUUUGAUAGGUCUACCUUAUGUUUUCCCCUUUAAAACCACAAAGUUCAUAAUAGUUCUUAAAACUUGGCUGUAAUUGCUAAAUCACUAGUUGUGAAUAUUUCAGUCGUGCAGACCGAUAAGGUGCUUUAAAAGUCCUACCUAGCCCAGCAAUAGAACCCCACAAUUUUAGACUUAAGUAUAUGCCCCAAAAAUACCCAAUUAAGUUCUAAAGCCCCAAAAUUAUUUUUUUCAUAUAUGUUCAUCUCUGUUGAAUAAUACAUGUUAGGUGCUGACUAGAUAGCUGACACAUGGGAGUAUAGGGAGAGUAUGGUAGUUCAAGAUGAAACAUACUUUAUAGUCAUCCUAUAGAUAAAGAUAAAGAGUUCUUACUUUGCCUGGGAUAUAAAUAUAUACAAUGGUUUUGUAACAUUGUUUAAUAAACAAUACUUUUUUUCUACAAUACAUGUCAAUUAAUCUAUUAAACAAUACAGGAGGCAUCAACUAAUGUGCAUCAACUAUCAGCUAAAUAUCGCCAUCUGCUGUUUCAUUGUAUAAAACAUAUACUCACCUUUCUGGCUGUGUGGAGUUACGAUGAAGCCAAUAGGACUGACUUAAGGUUUGUGUCCAUGUUUCUCAUUGGUCCAUCUCUAUCUCAGGGUGUUCCUGGUUCUCCUGGACUUAAAGGUGAUAGUGGAGACCCUGGUCCUCAGGUGAGAGGUUAAAGAUAUACCUGUAGACUACUUAACACACUCACAGUCAUACUCUGCACUUAUACAGUUACUGUACCUAUACCUCACUACAGUUACCCAUACCUCACUACAGUUACCCAUACCUCACUACAGUUACCAAUACCUCACUACAGUUACCCUAUAUCUCACUACAGUUACCAAUACCUCACUACAGUUACCAAUACCUCACUACAGUUACCCUAUAUCUCACUACAGUUACCAAUACCUCACUACAGUUACCCUAUAUCUCACUACAGUUACCAAUACCUCACUACAGUUACCAAUACCUCACUACAGUUACCCAUACCUCACUACAGUUACCCUAUAUCUCACUACAGUUACCAAUACCUCACUACAGUUACCAAUACCUCACUACAGUUACCAAUACCUCACUACAGUUACCCAUACCUCACUACAGUUACCCUAUAUCUCACUACAGUUACCAAUACCUCACUACAGUUACCAAUACCUCAGCUACAGUUACCAAUACCUCACUACAGUUACCCUAUAUCUCACUACAUUUCCCUACACCUAUACCUAUUGUAUACCUAUUUAGUUAAUUUCUUUUACAUUUUAGUCAUUUAGCAGACGCUCUUAUCCAGAGCGACUUACAGUUAGUGAGUGUAUACAUUUGUUUCAUAGUUAAUGUUACCUAACUGACGAUGAACUGAACAAUAUGUCACCUACAGUUACCUAUACCUACACCUUUCAUUACUGUAUACCUAUACAGUUAAUGUUCCCUAGCUGACUAGAAACUGACCAUCAUCACGUGUCAUUCACAGGGCCCCAGGGGAGUCCAAGGGUCUGCAGGACAAAUAGGCAAAUCUGGCAAGAGGGUAAGUGAACUGAGUGAACCUCAUCCAGCGCUUGUGUGUGUGUGUAUGUGUGUGUGUGGCGUGUAAGAUCUGAGAGGUUUAUCCUAAUAAAUCAAAAACAGAUGCCUGAUAUGUGCUAAAAUCCAGUUAAAAUUACCAAAAGGGACAACCUGGCAGUGGAUGACAUAAUUGGCUGUAGCUGUAUUUCUAGGUAGAUGUCAUGGCCUGAUUGGUCUUUAUGUUUCCAUGUUUAGCCUCUCUCUCUCUCUCUUCCUCUCUGUUGUAGGGUCGUGGCGGAGCCGAUGGCGCCCGAGGAAUGCCUGGAGAGUCAGGCUCUAAGGUACACGAGGACCUCUGUCCACUAGUCACUUUUCUCCGAGAAUUAAAACCACAUGAUGUCUCUGUCAAGUGUGACUGUUCUGUGUUGAUCACAAUACUGUGUUGUAAACUUAUGCAUGAUGAUGUCUGUGUCAUCUUGGGACUUGGUGGUCAUUGUCAUAUUGUUUCUCCACAGGGUGACAGAGGCUUUGAUGGCCUGCCCGGUCUGCCUGGUGAGAAGGGACACAGGGUGAGUAUUGUAACGACACCACGAAGUCACAAGCACCUGCAUGUUCACCUCUUCCUAAAUGGUAAUACAGAUGUAGGAUCUUUAUUUGAUCACCCUGUUACAGGAGAACUUUCCUGCAAUGCAGGACAUUUAAAACUAUAUUUGAGGUUUAAAAAGGCUUUUGAAGUUUGACAUUUUCACUAUGAAAUUUCAGACUUGAUUUUCCCUUACGAAAAAUGUAUCACACCCUACAAAAAGUCCAUUAAUUAUAAUCCACAUAAUAAUUCACAUUUCCUGUUGCUGCAGGAUUAUUUUCCUGCUGUAUCAAACAGGCUCAAAUUAAGAUCCUACAUCUGUACUUUAGGCAGUUGAGAGCCUGCAUACUAUCUCAGGGAAAUGACCCAUGAUGCAGACAUAAAAUGAGCUGAAAUUAUCAGGAUCUCCAUAUUCUCUCCCUCUACAAAACACGACUUCCGGUUCCCAUACUGGUUCACUUAGAUUGAGGGUCUGAUUUGAAGUCACCUUCACUCUUCAACCCUUAGACCCGCUUGAACAAAUAGCGAAAGAGAGAGAAUAUGGGUCAUAGUAUGGCCAACAAUACAGUAUGUUCCAAAAACACUGGUCUUUUCUGUCUAAUACUAUCACUCAUUCCAGAGGAUCUGAGGUAAAUUACAGUGAGAUUUAGCACAGCAGGUAAUCAAGGGGAUACAUACUGGAUGAAUAUCAUUGAACAAUAGACUAGUGUUGGUCUGAGAAACAAAUGGCCUUGGACGUUUAUAGGCUUAUGGGUAAAAACACUGUUGGCCUAUUUGAUAGAACCAAAUUGGCUUAAAACAAAAUGCCAACACUAUUAGGCUCUGAACAGGGGCUUUUGGAAAUACCAGGGGUUUUGGAAGUUAUAAAAUGUCUUUGACAUUUUUGGCCACAUUAGCUUGUGGGUGUUACUACUGAAUAGUCUGUCUUGAGUUUUUGUGUGUGCAAUAUUAUACAAUCAGCUAAAUCCUGAAUUCAGAAAAUGAAAUGCUGAAUUAUAUUAUUGUAUUAUAGUAGAACUAAUCUGAAUGGCUUUGAAGUGGUCAUUUAAAAAUAAAGAAAUAAAGUUAAUAUUAUUCAGACUUACAGUUGGACCAAUAGCUUGGACACAUUGAUCCUCUUAUAUCGAUCUCUUCCAUAGAGUUACUCACCAGACACAUAGCCAGGCAGCAUGUUGAAUGAUACACAUGCAUAUACAGAACUCCCAGUGCCGGUCCUGUUCUGUACUGUCUGCUUGGAGGGCCCUUAGAAGAGACAAGCCACACAAGGCCCCCACCAGGCUAAAUAGGAGCUUGGGCUGCAGAGAGUUAGAGAAACAGUGGACUGUGUGGCUUGUCUCUUCUAAGCUCCUACUGAGACAGAUAUUAGGAGCCCUCAGAUAUUUCCAACCUGGGCGUGUGGUUCCUAAUCCUGGCCUGGGUAACAUCAAGGUAACAAAAGAGUGAGCCAGCCAGUCAGUCAGCCAGCACAACUAGCCAGCCUGACGUAAAUAAGAGGUUGUGAGCAGCUUCAAGUCUACAGCUGGCCUGGCCCAAUCCUCUUUCAUGAUAAUAACACACAUAUCUCUCUCUCUCUCUCUCUCUCUCUCUCUCUCUCUCUCUCUCUCUCUCUCUCUCUCUCUCUCUCUCUCUCUCUCUCUCUCUCUCUCUCUCUCUCUCUCUCUCUCUCGCUCUCUCUCUCUCUCUCUCCCUCUCUCUCCCCCUCUCUAUAUCCGCCCCCCCCCCCCCCCCCCCCUCCCAUAGGGGGAGACAGGACCACUUGGACCACCUGGAGCCCCUGGAGAGGACGGACAAAGAGUGAGUACCACCCCCCCAUCAUUCUCCCAUUCCUCUUUUUCAUCUCCAUCCCUCCAUCCUUACUGUGUAAACUGACUGUUCUUCUUCUCUGUGCAGGGCGAGGAUGGAGAGAUCGGGCCAAGGGGAUUGGCUGGAGAGAGCGUAAGAGAGUGUCCACUGAAUUGCUGUUAGGUUUGAUAAAUAGGACCCUACAGUGUAACUUCACAACAGUAUUGGAGUAAUACAAGUAUUCAACCACCCUGUUAUGACCUACUAUCUCCUCUGGUUGACAGCACGACUACUUCUGUAUCAGUUAUUUAAUCUAUGAUUCAUAUUAAUCCAUUAGGGGGCAGGGUUUCUUAAUUGGUAUUUGUUCUACAGAUUACUUCAUUAUUGUUUUCUGUGAUCCAGAGACAGUAGAGAAAGCGAGACAUCCUACUCCGGUCUACUUAUUGCCCCGUCCCCGCGGAGGGGGUGCCCCAGAGUGAGACAUCUCACUCGCAAAUGUUUUCUGGUCUGGGCAGGGCGGGACUGGUGGGGCAAGCGGGGAGGGGACAAUGGGUAGACCAUAGCCAGCGGUUCCCUAUCUCACCUGAGCAUGCCAGAUACAAUAUAUGGAGGAACCAUGAGCUCACGCGGGAAAGCAUGCUCACGUGAGAGGGGGAACGCCCCCAGACAGGAACAGUGAACUAUUUUAAUUUAUCCACCAUCUUUGUGUGAUCCUGAAACCCUUCUUUUUCAUGUUUUAACCCUUGGUGACCCCCCCCCCCCCCCUCUCUCUCUCUCUCUCUUUAGGGUCCUAGAGGUCUGCUUGGGCCACGCGGUCCACCCGGCCCCACUGGACAACCUGUACGUAGUACUUAACACAUACUUUCCUAUGAUAGAGUUAUCACUAUGGUAUCUCCUGUAUAUUACAACAUUGAAUAAGUCGUUCCUACUCAUCUGAAUGUUUGUAUUUCCACAGGGUGUAGCUGGAGUGGACGGGCCUCACGGUCCCAAAGGAAACAUGGUAUGAACACUCAUAACGUUAUCUCACACAGAUACUAAACUAAAACACCCGUUUUGACAUCGUUAGUGAUGGAACCAGAACUGGUUUAUAUAGUGUUUGUGUAAGCCUGACCAAGACAUUAUUUGUUACCAGAGAGGAGUGUAGUCUACUACAGGGUAUCAGUGUUUAGGAUAGGUUGUUUAGGCUAGGUUCUAACACUAUUUUAAACUUCACUGCUGUAGAGGUCAAAGGUCAAACGGUGUGCUUGUGAGCACAGGGAGGAGUGACAUCAUUCACACUGUAGGUCAGGCAGUGACCUCUCCAUGUGUUUCAAAAUGGCUGCCUGCUGGGGCUUCUCCCUGUAGCACAUCGGAAUAGGAUGAUAUUGCCCCUAAACACUGAUCUAGGUCAGUUUUGCAAGCUAACCUUCUAAUGGUUAAUGAUAGGAUUUGGGAAAGGUAAUCUGGUCCUAAAUCAGUGCUUAGGAGGAACUUCAACAACAGCAAUCGUACAGUUCAGAGUAGCAACAGACUGCAGGUUACAGUUGUUUGUUCAGUCCAGAAAGAUCAGUCACAGUGUUUGUCUGGGUAUUUGUCUCAGACUAACCUACAUUAAUAUCGUACAGAGAGAACAUAUUCGUUAUUCAGCUUAGUACCCUAGCAACAGUACAGCCCUGGUCUCUAUCUGUUUGUGUUUUGACUCAAUGUUUACCGUAUAUGGUCUUGUCUGUGAGAGCUCACGUCUGUCAGUGUCUUUGACAGAGGAAGUAGUGGUAUCUCAUAAUCUUAGAAAAAGAGCCUACAACUGGAAUCUAAAUGACAGAAUAGUCACACUGGGGAGUCAGGACAAUCUGUUCUCUGAAAUAUAUAGGUAUUUUCAAAAAAGUAUGAUAUUUCUUCAGUGUAUACAACAGUUCUUUCCAAGGUCAACUAUUUCUCUAUUAUUUUAACCAGAUGUAUUUUUCUUCAGUCCCAAACGUAUUGAGAGUAGACACUGCUAUAUCUUAUAUUAGCACUCUCAAACAUCUCCUUAAAUGGUGGAAGCAUCUUCUGAGUAAACUAAAGAUAUACUGUAGAUAAGGUCUGCUGUGCCCUGCUCUAAGCUCGUUGUCAUGUGAGAUUGAUUGUCUCUGCCUGUCUGUCUUUGUUUAGGGACCUCAAGGAGAGCCGGGACCUCCAGGUCAGCAGGGGAUCCCAGGGACACAAGUGAGUAUCCCAGACAUUACAAACAUUACAGACAGUAUCACAGAUAUGAUAGUAUCCCAGACAUGACAGACAUCCUAGACAGUAACACAGACAUUAUCACAUUCAAUAUCACAGACAUCACAGACCAUGUCACAUACCAUACAGACAAUAGUGUCCCAGACAUUACAGACAAUAGUGUCCCAGACAUUACAGACAAUAGUGUCCCAGAUAUUACAGACAAUAGUGUCCCAGAUAUUACAGACAAUAGUGUCCCAGAUAUUAUAGACAAUAGUGUCCCAGACAUUACAGACAAUAGUGUCCCAGAUAUUACAGACAAUAGUGUCCCAGAUAUUACAGACAAUAGUGUCCCAGACAUUACAGACAAUAGUGUCCCAGAUAUUACAGACAAUAGUGUCCCAGAUAUUACAGACAAUAGUGUCCCAGACAUUACAGACAAUAGUGUCCCAGAUAUUACAGACAAUAGUGUCCCAGAUAUUACAGACAAUAGUGUCCCAGACAAUAGUGUCCCAGACAUUACAGACAAUAGUGUCCCAGACAAUAGUGUCCCAGAUAUUACAGACAAUAGUGUCCCAGACAAUAGUGUCCUAGACAUUACAGACAAUAGUGUCCCAGACAUUACAGACAAUAGUGUCCCAGACAUCACAGACCAUGUCACAGACCAUACAGACAAUAGUGUCCCAGACAUUACAGACAAUAGUGUCACAGACCAUACAGACAAUAGUGUCCCAGACAUUACAGACAAUAGUGUCCCAGAUAUUACAGACAAUAGUGUCCCAGAUAUUACAGACAAUAGUGUCCCAGACAUUACAGACAAUAGUGUCCCAGAUAUUACAGACAAUAGUGUCCCAGAUAUUACAGACAAUAGUGUCCCAGACAAUAGUGUCCCAGACAUUACAGACAAUAGUGUCCCAGACAAUAGUGUCCCAGAUAUUACAGACAAUAGUGUCCCAGACAAUAGUGUCCUAGACAUUACAGACAAUAGUGUCCCAGACAUUACAGACACUAGUGUCCCAGACAUCACAGACCAUGUCCCAGACAUUACAGACAAUAGUGUCCCAGACCAUACAGACACUAGUGUCCCAGACCAUACAGACAAUAUUGUCCCAGACAUUACAGACAGUAGUGUCCCAGAUAUUACAGACAAUAGUGUCCCAGAUAUUACAGACAAUAUCACAGACGUCACAGACCAAAUAUAUACAUAUAAACGUACAAAAAAAAGAGUUGCUAUUGACACUAAGAACACACAUUAAUAAUGUGUCUUUAUUUUAGUGUGUGAUGUCUAAAUUUAGUUGGAUUUUUUUGUUAGAUAAUAGUCUCACUGUAAUGAGGUAUUAUGUCAGGAGCUUAUGGAAAUAUACUGCUCUCUGAUGAUAAUUUACAUCACAUUUUGGGAUUAGUUGAAUUCUGCCUCUAACCUCUUCUGCUCCCUGCCUCCUCCUCCCUUCCUCCACCCGUCCCCACUUCCUCUCCCCCUCUCGCUCCCUGGAGGUAAAGAGAGCACACACAGAGAGAUUUUCUUGGAAUAUUUUCCUGGGUUUUCUGGAGGGGUUGAGGGAAGCGGUGAAAGCAUCUCAUUCAUGUCUGUGGAAUGCCUGCCGAGAGAGACACACCUGUAGGAGCAGGCUCCCCGAGCUGCAGCACAGCCUCAGAUUACUCGCUCUGCCACACACAAACACACACACGGGCACAAAUACACACACACACACGCUCAAGAAUGAAUACAGUCCCACCAUUCUUACCCCCGCACCUUCUGCUGAGUCCCCAAUGCCCCUACAUGACCCCAGCUAGCCUUUGUGUGUGUGUGUGUGUGUGUGUGUUGCUGCUAUGGCAACAAACUCUGAAGCUGUCGGUCUUCUUUUGGCCUGCAGGGUCUUCCUGGUCCUCAAGGUCCCAUUGGACCACCUGGUGAAAAAGUAAGUUGAAGCUCUGCUCUUCAGUCCCCUGUCAACAAAAUUGACAUAAAAGGGCCAUGUUUGUAAGUGAGUGGCCCGAAAGACAAACUGUAAAGUGUGUAAUCUGUUGGAUGUAAAUGUAGUAUGCUUAUUUGCCAUAGUACUGCACUGAAGGGUUUUUGUAUAAUGUGCAGUGAAUGAAAGCCCCCUUAUACAAGUGUCUACACAAAACGUUCAGAAUUGCACCUAGUACCUCAUCUGUAAAAUUAUUAUUUUCAGAUGUAUGUUGUUUUUCUCAGAGGUGAACUGACUAUGUCCUGGAGGUUGUUAAAGUGUUGUUUUGACCUUUGACCCAUGCUGUGUUUUUCUCUCCUUCUGUCUCUGUUUACAGGGACCUCAGGGCAGGUCUGGGUUGGCUGGUUUACCUGGGUCAGACGGACCUCCAGUACGUGCCAUUCUGUCAUUCUGUUUACACCUCUCACUCAGUCUCACACUCUUUCCCUCCUCUCACACUAUUCACUCAUCCAUUGCCCUCAGACAACCCACACGUACCUGUGACAGUCAACACACUGUUGAGGAGCAAUAGAACUAGCAAGAUCUACAUUGUGAUGGUGGUAUGAAAUGUUGUUAACUAACUGCCAUCGUUUGCCUUAACAUAGCAAGCCACAGGUACCAGUACAUGUCCGUACACAGUAGAGGAUGAUAUACAUUCCACACACUGUAGUAUAUAGGAGUAGCUUGCCUCAGGGCCUUUGUACAUUUACAUCGACAUUUGAGUUAAUUAGCAGACGCUCUUAUCCAGAGCGACUUACAGUUAGUCAUUAAAGUGAGAUUUAUGAUGACUGUGAUAAUUAAUUGGCUAACAAACUAGAUUGGUUGAAAAGCCUUAUCACCUGUGCUGUUACACAAAAUGAGGAAGUAAAGCACAGUUUGUAAAAUGUAGCGUGCACCAAACAUCUCUCCUUCCACUGCAACUAGCACCCAUUGAGCCACAGCAUUGACCAAUUAUCCUGUCCGUUGCGCUCUCCCAACUUGAUAUGAUAUACUUUAAUGUCCCAGAGUGGAAAUUUGACUUGAACAAUAGACAGGGCUGUUGCUUCCACAUAAAUACAUAGAAUCAAUUGAGAAUAACACCACAUCAUACACCCGGCUCCCCCUCACACAAAAAGUUCAUAAGUUAAUAUCAGGCAAGUCAGAAUGAGUUUUGUACGACCUGUACUAGUAUUUCCCUCUGCCUCGGUGGUCUGUUAGCCUGCUCUAGUUGAUCUGCUACAGUGUGUGUCAGGGAAACGCUGGGAAGCUGAGAGGGAGCCUAAAACCUACUGAUUUACAGCCUUCUGCCCUCUGACAUGUUUAAUUGGUGCCAGGUGUGCAAGUGAAAGGUCUUUCCAUAUGUGUAAACUAACCAGUCAGUCAGACAGUAAGACUGAGCUUAGACCUAAGACUGUUAUCACUAGAGUCUACACCACCGCCAGCAGCAGGCAGGCAGGCUGCUGUCGUACACUAACACUGAGGCCUUCUAGAACUUUCUGAAGUACUGAGCUAUUCCAUAGAAUCAAACUAGAACUUUUUGAUGUACAGAUGUGUUCCAUAAAAUCGAAGUUUGGGGUUCAUUGCUUGAGUGUUGACUGAGAUAUAUCAACUUAGAGGGCGCAUCCAUACGAGAUUAAAGUACUGUAUCUAAGUCACUUGUGUUCAUUCUACUCUUACAGGGUCAUCCUGGUAAAGAGGGACCACCUGGUGAGAAGGGAGCUUUAGUAAGUACAAUUAACAUUUACAUUUUAGUAGCAUAUAAUUGAUUGACUGAUUGAUCGGUCGGUCGAUUGGCUGAUUGAUUGAUAUGUUCUUUUUUGGAUAUGAAACUAAAACAGAAUAGUUUAAGACAUAUCUCUUAUUGAGAGACUAAUGGAGACAUUGUUCUCUCUCUCUGUGUCCUCUUCCUCCAGGGCCAGUCAGGUCCCCAGGGUCCUAUUGGUUAUCCUGGUCCUCGUGGCGUCAAGGUAUUGUGGUGGAGCUCACCAAGGUGACGUUCAGAAACAUCCUCAAGGUGGGACGUUGUGUUAGGUUGAUAACUGUGGUCUGUUUCCUGUCUGUCUACUAGGGUGCUGACGGUGUUCGUGGACUGAAGGGUGGAAAGGGAGAGAAGGUAAAGCUUCUCCUAAUCAUAAUUUGAUGCUUCAUAUCGCUGCCAUUGUGUGUAAGAAGUCCAUGUUGUGAUUACUAGUGAGUUAAACACAAAGUUCUGUCACAAUGUUCAGUCACAAAGUCCUUAUGCAGUCCAAAAUGUCCCCACUGCCCCAAUCUGUACUAUACUAAUCUCUUUCUAUAAAUACAUUAAUAAAAUUCAAAACCAAGAGCAUGACACAGAUCCAAUAUUAAUGUUGUUUUUACAUCAGUAACACCAUGGAUAUCAGUGGUAUUACUGAAUAAUUUAUGUUUAAUUUUUAUGUAAAUGUAUGUUAAAGUUUAAUGCAAUCCCAAAACCUUGAGGAAGGAAGGUAGUGUUUGUUCUGAAUAGAAAAUGAAUGCACCCCAUCCCAGAGGUGAGAGCUUGUUGUGAAACAUGCAUGGUUUCAAUGCUUUGGUUGCAGGGUAGACACACACACACACACACACACACACACACACACAUACACACACACUGCAUUAUGUAUUAGGAUGAGAAGAGACACAGACAGGUGACAGACUGCACACAGAGUCUCAGGGAGCUACAGAGAAAAAGAGACAGUGAGAGACAAAGAACACAGUGAAAGAAGAGAGAGACUGAGAAAGGUUUCCUUGUUCUCUUGUUAACUAUUUCAUGGCUUCCAUGAAUUGAUACAAUAAGAAUUUGAUUUAGGAUGAAACUUUUACAGCGUUUGCAGGGAGAUAACAAGUCUACCUUGUACAGCAGCCAAAUAUAGUCUAAAGAAGCCUUCACUAUACUUCAACAACAUGUAUUGUAUAGCAUCAUAUAUUCUCCACUUAAAUGUUUGAGUGACAGAUAUCUCUACUGUAUGUUUGCUCGUCCACAAUGUUUUUCUAAUGCAUAAGCUCCCUAUAGGACCAUUAUAAUAAAAGAGAAGUGUCUUGCGCUCCAAUUACCCUGACCCUGUAAAUAGUAUGCUUACUUACUUUAUAGUGUUUUUAUUAUUUCGUAUUUUUAUAUAUUGUGUGUGUUUUUGUUCUAUCUUGUUAUUUUUGUAUUACAUUGUUAUUGAUUACUACAUUGUUGGGGUUAGAGGUAGCAAGAAAGGCAUUUCACUGUACUUGUGCAUGUGACAUUAAAACUUGAAACUGAAAUUUGAAACAAUGCACAUGCAAUGUGAUUCUCCUCUUUGGCCACCAGAUGGCAGUAGUCUGCACUGCAUACAGAGAGACUGCACAGAUUAAGCAGAUGAGGUUCCCUAUUUUAUAGCCUGUGGAAAGAUAUAGGCCAUAUCCAUUUAGAUUUACUAUUUACGAUUAAAACAAAAAGUAUAAAAAAAUAAAUAUGUAUCCACAGAUACUCUGCUAUUGAAAUGAUUUUAAUUGAACCUGGGGACAAGAUCAUUAUUUUGCUCGUACAAGCUCAAGGCAUACUGAAUCCCACUGAUCUCUUACACAUGGUGAAAAACAAGACAGUCUAAGAUCCAUUCAAUUUCCUACAUAUCAACUUAACAAUGACCCCUGUUCAUAUUUUUCUCUCUUAUUUCAGGGUGAGGACGGUUUCCCUGGAUUCAAGGGAGACAUGGGUCUCAAAGGCGACAGGGUGAGUUGACGACUCAUACGUGUAGAUACCGAUUCACCCAUAAUUAUAUUUGUAUGGUACACUAUACACCAUAGACCACAGUAAUGGUACAAUACCUUACCUGUUGUGUGUUGGGUUUGUUCAGGGUGAGCUCGGUGUCCUUGGGCCCCGCGGUGAGGACGGACCUGAGGGUCCCAAGGGCCGAGCAGGGCCCAACGGAGAGUCUGGCCCCAUGGGUUCUGCUGGAGAGAAGGUAACGUCUUCAUUCACACCCCCUUUUUGUCUUGUAAGGUCAAUCUGUUGUUAGUAGCAUAUCCCCGAAGCCUGUGGAAAUACUUUAAUUUCAUUUGACCUAGUACAACUGUUUACCAACACAUUGUGCUCAUUCAAGUAUUAGUUUAUGUUGCCUCAGCAAGACUUUUCUGUUGUCUUCAGGGAAAACUGGGUGUUCCAGGAUUACCUGGCUACCCAGGAAGACAAGGUCCAAAGGUACGUAAACAAUCACCACGGUGAUGCCUGUGAGGACUUCUCUAUGUGGGGACAACUUCAAUGAACAACAUCCACCAAUAUCCAGCUCACUUCAGAACACAUGACCCACCACACGGUUAGGAAGGAGUAACCCGAUGUCAAACAGACUUGGUUGUUCACCGAAGAACAUCCAGGGACAUUUUACCAGAGCUGGUUCAUUGACAGAUAUGUCUUUCAAUAAGUACUAAUUUUCCAAGAUGGAGGUACUGUAGAUACUGCUUUCACUCAGGAUUCACAUUAGACAUAGAUACUAAGAAGCCAUGUUGUGUCCUCAGAGACCUAGACGAUGGGCAAUGUCCCUCUUGUAACCCUGAGACUUACAGUUAUGUACAGUUCAAACACAGAUAGAUAGAUUUUCUCAUCAGCAUCAUAACACGUCCCGUAACAGGAAAUACAUAUCCUACUUGUUAUUCCUUACCCAUCACAUCCAGCAAUCUGCUCUUUAGAAAUCCACUGGUAAUAUGGAUUAAAAGAUUACAAACAUUAUGCUGGAAGAUUAUGUGGCAUUCCGUGAGAUGUUAUCUAAUAGACUGUAGGGCUAAUUUAUGGCUGAGAGCUGCCAGAAGUUGGGUUUUUAUAAAGUGAACUGUUGAAGCACGGCCAUUGGGUUUAGAGGAAUGUCAGUUUUAUAGUGAGAGGUUCGUAGUCCAUCAAACUCUGAAUGUUUGGCCCCAUCUAUUUCCAUUUCAUUAUGUUGAGCUUCAGCUCACAUCAUGACUUUGUGAAAUCGGGCCUAGAAAACAGUAUAGCUACAGGUUUGAAAUGGGAGAGUAAACCAUUGUAUUGAUUUCAUGUUUGAAUGCUUUUAUGAACACCAGGACUGAAGUACACUGGGAAGAUGAUUUUGAAUCCCGCAUACACAACAAAACACCAUGAUUAGAAACCAGACUGUCUUCAUAUAAAGUGAUUGUCUGUUUUUUAACUCGUUGUUUACCCAAGUCAAUGGUUUUCUUUUGUUGUUGUUUGGUGUCUGUUCCAUGUUCCCACCCCUCUGAGCUGUUAAAUGACAUGUUUUCACAAAGGAUCUUUACAAAGUCAUCAUGAUUUUUGAAGUCUUUGCAAACAAAGGAAGUGUGUGUGUGUGCAUGAGUUCAUGUGUGUUUCUGUCACAUUAUCGUGUGAUAUUUCAUGUUCUCCAUAUGCACCGUGUUUCUAUCGUAUUAUUCUGAUAGUGAUGAGCUUGUAUUCUCUUCUCUGUGUCAUCUGUUUUCCCACGGCACAGUGCUGGGUACAGAGUCAAUGUAUGAUGGAGCUCUCUGUCUCUCACAUAAUAGUAGAGGUUGCUUAUUAACAUGGAUAUUCCUCUCCUUCCUGCCUUGUUGAUCCGCAGGGUUCCAGUGGCUUCCCGGGCUUCCCAGGGGCCAACGGAGAGAAAGGAGCCAGGGUAAGAUAGAUAGUCCCGUCCCUGUUUCUGAUUCUGUAUGGAACUCACACACACUGCAUCAUAACACUACACAAAGGACAUUGAUUCCCAUUACAAAAGCAUUUGUGUGAUGAGUUUGCAUAAAAUAUAACCUCCAAGAAUCAAUGUGGAAGAGAACAAAAAUAUGCUGAAACUAUUGUUUGUUCUCAAUGAUAUCCAUUCCCUUCCCAGCAUUGACUAGAAAGUCAUGCUCACCUAGAGGUUUUUAGCACAAACCUGGAGAGUAACUUUGAAAACAACUUACUGGGGAAGUUUAGGCAGGAUUGACCUUGAGUUGGUUUCUGUCUAAAUAAAUGUCUUCUUCUCUGUUCUUCAAAAGGGCGUGGCGGGCAAACCCGGUCCAAGGGGGCAAAGAGGUCCAACGGUACGUCCUCCUCCAAUUUACCACACAGCACUGAGAAUGAAUGAAUGAAUGAAAGAAUGGAUGGAUUAAUUAUUUAUUUAGUUAAUGAAUGAAUACAUGUGUAUUUGUGUGUCCUAACUCUUGUCACAUGUAUGAGACCUGCUAUACUGUACCGUACUGUAUAGCCUUACCUGAUCUUGUUCUGAGCUGUGUGUCUGUCCUCUCCUGUCUCUCAGGGUCCACGAGGGGGUCGGGGUGCUAGAGGUCCAACAGGCAAGCCAGGUCCUAAGGUAACUACCCUCUCCAUCUUUUUUGAUUGCAUAUUUUAUUUCACCUUUAUUUUAGCAGGGAGUCCAAUUGAGACCAAGGUCCCUUUUACUGCAAAUACACACUUUACAAAUACCACAUAAUAUAAAUAUACAAGAUUACAAAACAACACACUUAAGAAAAAACAAUCACAUUCCUCUGCAAAGAGGUCUCAAAGACAUGUCCCACUUGACAACUCAUAGAAAGACCAUACACCAUAGUGGUAAUGACAUUGGUAAUCCACCUAUAGCUGUGUAACUGCUAAUGCCUAUAUACUUGAUGUGUAAUCACUAUGUUGUCUGGGAGCAGUAGAAUAUCUGAUGCUGAUUUUCUGUCUGUUGUGUUUUGCAGGGCACAGCGGGCAAUGAUGGUCCACCUGGCCCGCCUGGCGAGAGAGUAAGUCCCAUCAGCCACUGCUUCCAAGGGGGAGGGGUUAUGGGCCGGGGUAUGGGGCUGACCCAUGGAUAAUGAAAUGUGAAAUGGCUUGGAAUAACAAGCAGUUAACCAGUUAAACCUACAACUGCCUGUCUGACAUAGUGGUGGGGUUUGAAUAAAGAGUGGGAGGCCUGACCUCGACUGGUGGUGAUUACCACUGGAAGAAAGGAAGCAUUUAAUGAUUAUUGAUCUCAUUACUAGGUGGUCACUGUUGGAGGCAAGGGCAAUCUGGGUAUUGGUCCAGCCAUGAUUUUUUUUGUGGUUUUGCUAUAGUUGUUCCAUGUCUCUGUCCCUCUCUCUAUGUAUCUAUAUAUCUGUCCCUCUCUCUAUGUAUCUAUAUAUCUGUCCCUCUCUCUAUUUGUCUAUAUAUCUGUCCCUCUCUCUAUGUAUCUAUAUAUUUGUCCCUCUCUCUAUUUGUCUAUAUAUCUGUCCCUCUCUCUAUGUAUCUAUAUAUUUGUCCCUCUCUCUAUUUGUCUAUAUAUCUAUCUCUCUCUCUAUUUGUCUAUAUAUCUGUCCCUCUCUCUAUUUAUCUAUAUAUCUGUCCCUCUCUCUAUUUAUCUAUAUAUCUGUCCCUCUCUCGCCACUCACAGCCAGCCAAACAGCCACACCCACCUGGCCACACCCAACCAUACACAGCUACACCCAACCAGCUAGACCCACCCAGCUACACACAACCAGCCACACCCAACCACACCAAGCCACGCCCCAGCCACUCUCGACCACACCCAACCACACCAAGCCACGCCCACUCAGCCACAUCAGGCAGCUGUAUAGUCUCUGAGGCUAGCAGAACUUCUGGUUGUCCAGGCAGAUUUUCUGCCACACUACAAUGGGAGUGUCUCAUUGCUGAAACUCAAAGACUGUCCUCACUCUUCCAUUGUCUGAUUACCGCUCGGUUUAUUCCAGGGACCUCAAGGACCCCAAGGCCCCGUCGGGUUCUCAGGACCAAAGGGCCCCCCUGUAAGUAUCCUCUCACCAGUGCCAUCAUCAUAUUUCUAAGGAAGCCCUUUCCUGCAGUCAAAUGACCAAGAGGCCUCAUGGGUGGAAUGUUAUUCAUAUUUUUCAUAAUUUCAUAAUUUCUACACUUAAAAAUAUAAAUAUACGUAGAAAACCUGGUGUUUCUACAGUAUGUCAAACAGUUUUGUUAUAUACCAGUCUUCUGUGAUGUAUAUAAAGUGUAAUAUUGGGAUGCAAACUCAAAAUGGAAUACAUUUCAACUCUAUAUCUGACAUGGUAAAGGUGUCUUAAGCCCAUAACCAUGUGUGUGAGGUGUAUACUUUUGCUUCAAAGUAGAUUUGUUUAAGACUACCAAGAAAUACUCUAUGUGACUCUGAUUUAGCCACUGGAGUAAUUAAAGGAAAGCAAUUUGGAAUGCAAUAGGGUGGGCUAUGUAUUGGCCGUAUCACUGAUUGGGUGUAGUAAUCAUUACUGUUAUAGAAGCAGAACCCUGUUUUUCAACAUCCUAUUGCCAGAAGACAAGAGUUAAUUUCCUCGUAUUGAUUUUUGUUUGAUUCAUAGUUUCGAUUUAACCUUUGCUGAUAGUUCUGUUUCCUCUUUGCAGGCCAUUACUGUGUAGGAAGGCCAGUGUCUUAUUAUAGUUUAAAAAGAGUUCCACUCUGAUAUAUGUCCAUGUAUCUGUCAUUGAACAAUAAAACAGAUUACUUUUGGUCAACCCACCACAAUUACUAUGAGAAUCUACCAUUAGAUGUGCACAAGGUUUCCCCCUCUUUCAUGUACUUGUCAUUGAUAGAGUCUACGUUCUCUGUGUCAUUCCUAGGGACCACCUGGAAAGGAUGGGCUGCCCGGCCACCCUGGUCAGCGAGGAGAGACGGUGAGUGUUCCAGACCACGCCCCUCGUUAGAGAUGUCACACACCUGGGCACACCGGGCCAGCGGGCUCGGACAGACACUUCCUGCCAGGUGUGGAAACAUAAGACUACCCCUGCUGUCUCGGGGUGGGAAACCCCCCGACUAGUCUCAUUUUUCACACCUGGAUGGAUUUGUCUCCUCAAGUCUGCAUGCUUUUAUAGCACCGAGAAGCCCGGGUAUUGGACAUCUCGCUCUUGUCUUAGACACACAGACAGGCCUUCUCCUCUGUUUUUCCUGAUGUAUUUAGUGAGAGAGAGAUUGAGAGAGUGAGAGAGAGUGAGAGAGAGAUUGACUUGAAUUGAAUAUCCCUGCUCUGGUUUUCUCUCUCUCUCUCUUUCUCUCUCUCUCUCUCUCUCUCUCUCUCUCUCUCUCUCUCUCUCUCUCUCUCUCUCUCUCUCUCUCUCUCUCUCUCUCUCUCUGUCUCUCUCUCUCUGUAUCUCUCUCUCUCGCUGUCUUUCUUUGUCUCUCUCUCUCUCGCGCACUCUGUCUCUUUCUUUCUCUCUGUACCUCUCUCUCUCUCUCUUUCUCUGUCUCUCUCUUUCUCUCUGUACCUCUCUCUCUCUCUCUCUGUCUCUCUCUGUCUCUCUGUCUCUCUCUGGGACUAGACUACCCCUGAGUCCCUGACACACACUCAGACACUAGCCUGUCUAAAUGUAGCCAGAGGGUCUAGUCUGUCUAUCUUCCCAGGUCGUUGAGGAAAACGACAGACAGCCUAUCUGAUCACUGCUCUGUGUUCCAGGCCUUAAAUGGAACACAGGAGAGGAAUUACCCUAGUGCAUUAAGCCUCAUCUCUCUGCAUAUCCCACCAUUUUUCUUUAGAGUUUAUUCAGCAAGUUUUGCAUUCAUCACCCGAUUAUCCUCACAGGGCACUAAAAGAUGCUAAAAGCUCCACGGAGCAGGGAGCAUCCCCAAUCGUUCAAGUUUUCUUCUCCAUUUGUUCCCCUCCUAAGUGACACAUUAGCUGGGGGACUGACCCCCCCUCUCUGGUUCAUCUUGAAAUGACAUCGAUAAGCCUCUUCAUUAAGAUGUUUAUGAUGCUGGAUUUAUUACCUGGUAAACAGGCUGGGGGAGCGGCCAAUAGCAGAAUUGAUCAUAGCAAUAAAAUGUUACAGGCCCUAGGCAGUGGGCAUAGAUCCAUCCACUCAGCAUAGCAGAGUCUGAGGAAGCAUUCAGUGCAUAUAAAGAUUUCACUCCCUGGCUUUCUAUCUCUUAUUCAGGCCAGGUUGUAAAAAAGCUGUCUGAAUCUUUUCCAAACAAUACCCAAUCAUUAAUCACUCUGCCACAAGAUAAUGAGUCCAUGAGAAAUCAUCAAACAUUUGACUUUUGAAUGCGCUACAGCUGAAAAGGUUUUGCACAUAAAAUAUCCUAACAAUAGCAUACCCCUGGCUAGACUACAACACGUUUCUAUUCCCAGAACAAGUGUAGCUACUCCAAUAGACGUUAAAAGUGACAUGACAUCAGCUAUCUGUGAUUCUUUGCUGCAUUUUUGUGUGGCGUAGUCAAUGUAUCUCCCUUGAGUCCCUUCCUCCCUUUUAUGUUUGAUGUCUGUAUGUUGUUUCAUGUAGCUCUAUGGUCAUUGAAUAUGCUUUUACGGUGUCCACUCAGUCCGUCUAUGAUGUCUGGAGUUGGCAUCAUAGGCAUGAAUGCAACAACAGAUGCAUUCGUGUAGAACAUGCUUCAUUCGAGGGAAAUCAAUGAAGUUUUUCACACCGGCUAUGAUCUAAACGGAAACAAACAGACAGCUGAUGGAUUUCACACCUGAUUCCAUCACUAUGCUUGAUGUUUGACCAAUUAGCAUCAAUUCUACUUCAGAUAUUGAGAUCAUAGUUUAAGAUCUACAAUCCUUAAGACGAUAUCUCAUUUUUGGAGACUCAGAUUAAAACCUUACUAUAACAGGGAGUUGUUGAUGUCCUUGUUAUUGUCCUAUAUCUUUAGAAUAAUACUUUCUUAGCCGGUUUCCUAGACACAGAUUUAGCCUAGUUCUGGACUAAUAAACAUGCUCAAUGGAGAAUCUCUAUUGAAAUACCUUUUUAGUCCAGGAAUAUGUUUAUUUUGUGUAACUGGUUCCUGGUGUCUGUGUUUAGUCUGCUUUAUUCUCUUCUGCCACGCUAACCUUGUUAUUGCAGCAAUGAUCAUCACCUUUGACCUUUGACCUUGUGGUCAUGUGAUACUUCAUCUUGCCACUUGGUGGUGAGGUGGUAAGUAAGUAAGUGGAAUAAAUGUCUAUGAUAAAUAUCUACUACUAAAUGUAGCAUUUAUUUACAUGGGCAUCUAAAGUUACUUCCUAAACAUGAGAACAUGGAAAUAAACAAAUACAAAACAAUAAACAAAUAAAUGGAGCAUAACAUAAACUAUAUAAUUGUAUAUUUCCAUAAUUCAUGUGUUUUCAUGUACCAUGCACACAGUAAUGAACCAGUAGGGUGCAACCAUAGAGUGCCUCUUCUUUAGGAUCCAUUACAAAGAGACAUGGUGCGUUCAAGACAAUUCGGAACUCGGAAAUCUCGGACCUCCGACUUCAAGACAACUCGGACCUCCGACUUCUGUGCGUUCAAGACAACUGGGAAUGAGCUCCGACUGGGAGAAAUCUUAAACGGUCAUCCGACUCGAAUUUACAAGUCGGAAACUCGGGCAUCAUCCUAGAGCUCCGACUUCUUCGACCUGAUGAUCACUGACGUCACUGUCUUGAACACAACGUCAUCAUCCACUAACACUUGUCAACAUAGUACAUUCAGUGGUUGUCUUGUCCAUUGGGAUACUGACAACACUGACUCCACUAUGUCCAUAGACUCAAAUCAUAAUUUGUGGAAGGAUGACAUCAAUAGCAAGAUUGGAAGACGUUAUUACGUUGAUUGAGAGCUAGUUGUUUUGGAAGAGUUUUCAAUGUCAUUGAUAUGUUGUUCUUGUCCACAGGGAUUCCAAGGAAAGACAGGUCCACCCGGCCCAGGGGGUGUUGUUGGUCCUCAGGUAAGGAACCAUCAUGGAACUAAAUAUAUGAAUAACUUUUCCAGGUGUUCAAACCAUAGAGAUCUUAUGUUAUGGUAGAGUUUGUCUCAUGCCUCUACCCAUGAUGCCCACGAUAUAUUUUUCUUCUUCACUUCCUAACAGGGUCCCACAGGAGAGACCGGUCCCAUCGGUGAGAGAGGCCACCCUGGACCCCCAGGUCCACCCGGAGAGCAGGGUCUUCCUGGCUCUGCUGGCAAAGAGGGAGCCAAGGUAAGCGCCCCUAAAGACCCACCUCACUGGAGUAAACUCAUAACUCGACAGCCCAACACUUCUUAACUAUAGGGCUCUGACCAACACAUAUUAAACCUGUUUUCCUGGACAGAUUAUACCUAUUCCUGGACUAAAACAUGCUCAAUGAAGGAUCUCCACUGAACUCAUUGUUUUUGUCCAGGAUGUGUAUGGGAAAGUACUGUUUUGACCGGCACCUGGUGAAGUUAGCAGAGGGUGGUGGAGGGGUUGAAUUCCAAUGCAUCCCAAUGAGCAAUAUAGUGUCCAUUAAGGAGGAGGGAUGGGCUUAUUCAAAACAGAGCCUUAACUCCCAGGGUACAUCCCAAAUGGCACCCUUUUCCCUAUGUACUGUGUACUACUUUUGACCAGGGCUUUGGGAAAAACUAGUGCACUAUAAAGGGAAUAGGAUGCCAUUUGGAACCUACUCCCAGACAGUCCCAAGGCCACCCAGCCAGCCCCUCUGUUUCCUUCUUUCAUUUAACCUCCUCCCUGGAAGGAGACAGUUUAAUCAACUCCAUCGGCUAACUCCAACCCUCCUGCCACUCAGGCUCUAUAGCUUCCCAUCACCACCAGGUCCUACGCAUCAGUAAUACUGCUGGGACACUCCAGAGGGAGGGAGGGAGGGAGGGAGGGAGGGAGGGAGGGAGAGGGCUAGGCAGAGGAGGUCAAAUCCUCUUAAAAACCUUAGCGAGCCAAUGAGCGCAAAAGGAGAGAAGAGAGGAGAGAGAGGAGAAGAGAGAGAGAGAGAGAGAGCGAGGGAGGGAGAGAGAAGAGAGAGAGAGAGCAUAGAGAGAGGAGAGAGAGAGAGCGAGAAGAGAGAGAAAGCAGAGAGAGGAGAGAGAGAGAGUGGAAAGAGCUGACAUCGUCAUCAUCGAUCUCUCUCUUAUCUCUCUCCCUCUCUCUCUCUCUCUCUCUCUCUCUCUCUCUCUCUCUCUCUCUCUCUCUCUCUCUCUCUCUCUCUCUCUCCCAGCUAGCAGAAAUACCAACUUCAGACCAACAAUACAAAAACAGUCCAAAAAACUAGACCACUGCCCAUCAUGCUACUACUCAUUUAUGAUGUCUCAUAGUAAUUGCUCUGAGUCGUCUGUCAUGGGGAUAGCAGAGGGGACUUAUAAUUGUAACCCAUGGACACAGCCCAGCAUCCUGAUACGACUGCUGCUGUUGUUGGCUGCUUUUGUUUUUGUUUUUGUUUACAGUCUCUCAGCUUGUUGUCCUCUAGGGCUGCAUUAUUAUAGAGCUUGGCUAAUUGUUUUCUAUCCGUUUUGCAUUUGAAAUGAUGCAGAAUGGGGCAACCAUUAUUCAGGAAACCUGAGCUUUAUGAUGUUCAUAGCGUAGAUCAUUAUCAGAAUAAGAAAACGGUGCUGUGAUAUAUUUGAUGCUGUGAGAACUAAUGCAUCAGCUCAAAAUGAAUACUUAAAACAACGUUUGAAGUACGGUAAUGAUGGCAUCCAGAAAAUUCCUUCUGUCAUCAUGAUGUCAAAGGGAAACCAUCAGAAUACAAAGUUUAGUUUUAGUUUUACUCUUCUUUCACCAGAUAAUAUUAGCUAUAGCAUGGAAGUGAAAUGAACAGGGUAGAAGGGAGAUUAAAAGAUGGAAAAAGAGGGUAGCAUGUAACAUGGUGCAGCUGGAUACCUCUCACUCUGUCCUCUGCUGUGUAUUGUUGUGAAUUGUUAGAUACUACUGCACUGUUGGAGCUAGGAACACAAGCAUUUCGCUACACCCGCAAUAACAUCUGCUAAAUAUGUGUAUGUGACAAAUACACUUUGAUUUGAUUUGAUUUGUGUGUCUGUAGGGAGACCCUGGUCCCCAAGGAGCCUCUGGUAAAGAUGGUCCUGCUGGUCUAAGAGGAUUCCCAGGAGAGAGAGGUCUUCCCGGCGCGUCGGUAAGAAACACCUCACCUGCAACUCGCCUCCAUCCGUUACAGGUUCCCCCUAUAUUCACUGACAGAGACUGACAGACCACCCCCCUCCACCCACCACCCCUGACAAAUGAACCAGCGCCUAUACAGAGGUAUUCGUCUCAUUAGAAACAUAGAGGGGGACGUCACCCAACCACCACUGCAGGGAAACUCAAAGAGACGUGUUACAAAUGAACAGAUAUACAUCCCCCUGAAUAGGCUUCACACCAACAGACCACUCAGUUUUAACCUCUGCUAAAGUAGCAGCAGAGAAUUGUAGUUUAAUAUAGCUCUGGGUCACUUUACAAAACCCCUGAUUCAACCCAAAGACUCUGACUGUGUCCCAAAUGGCACCCUUUCCCUAUGGGCCCUAGUUAAAAGUAGUGCACUAAAUAGGGAAUAAGGUGUCAUUUAGGAUGCACCCAGCCUCUGGGACCGUUUUUUUUUCCGCAACCACUUUUGGGGGGAAAGUUAGUUGUUUUGUUGUAUGAAUUAUUUACUAAAUGAAUUAUUAAAGGAGGAGUGUUAGCGAUUAGGCUGGGGGAAUGAAAGGCGGUAUAGGGCCAUUGUUCCAGACUAAGUCAAGGUCAGUCUCAGCAGGCAAGCAGCUACCCCUGAUUGUUUUCUAGUGGUGUAAUUUACUCUCUCACUGCAACACCCCAAGACUCAUUACUAAUACCACCAUGUGUGCUGCAGGACGGUUAGGGAGCCAGUCACACACACACACACACUGGAGUGUACACACGCACACACAAACACACACAGAUGUUUAUUUCACCAGUUAUUUUGAUGAGAAAGUGCAUGAGGGGGAAAUAUGGCCUAAUAAAUACCUGUCCUGGGUAGUGGAGAAAAAAACCCUGCCACAACAAACACCCACCUUUUCUCCCAUUAAGAUCAGUGGUGACUGACUCCCCAAGGUGUCACUUCACAGUUUCCCUUCAAUGUCUGUCUGGGACAGGAGUUAUACCACUCAAUACUGACAGACUGACUGACUUAUGGGGACAUCAAACACAGUCUUUCAGGCUGUGUGUUUCUUUUGACAUAUCACUCUAACCAUCCAUCUCUCUUCUACUCAUUCCUUCCAGGGUCCAGCUGGUUUGAAGGGAGGAGAAGGACCUCAGGGUCCCUCUGGCCCCGUGGUAAGUAUCUCCCUGUCACCUACCAUCACCUACCUGCCUGUCUGUUGUUAAUGUGAAGGGGAUGUUUCACCAGGUUUCAGGGAGUCUUUAGAUAUCAGGGUUAUUGGGGGGAUAUUUCCCUACCACUGUCAAUGAUAGAACUGCAACACAGUGCAUUAGCCUAGCUGUUCUUACCAUGUUGUUUUGGUUAUAUCGGAGGUAGAUAUUAGUCUAGGAUCAAUAUUCAGCUUUUCUAUAAUGCAGUGUUCUAUGGGAUCCUGCAAUAAUGACUCCCAACACUAGAUGGCAGUUUGAUUCCUUUGAAGAACAGACAGACAGGAUCCCACCAAUUUCCAAUGAUAACUUUGGGGGUUCUGAUUUUGUUAUUGCUUUCUCUUGACGUCUCGACAUAGGUGCCUGGUUGGUUUAAGGUGACAGACUCAAAGUUGGAGUGUCUUCAAAACUUUUUAGGACAAAAAUGUCAAUCUUCAGAUUUCUCUCUCUAGAAUGCUAGAUGAGGAUUGUCCCAGUGUAAUUGCUCUUUAAAUGACUUGACAGUGGGCUGAAAGUGUAGACAGGACAUGUGAAGUGUCUGAAUUUGGCAUUGUGAGAAAAACAUGAUUUGCAUACAAAUAUGAACUUAAUUCAAUAUAACAUAUUUCUAUAUUGCAAUGAUUCCAAUGCAUAGCCUUCUUUUGGAAGCAAGUGUUUGUAUGACUUUGCAAUCUCUUAGCGCCACACAUCAGCUAGAAAUUCAUCACGUGAGUGGUCAUGCGGGAAGUAGAAUUGAGAUUGUGGUUGUUUGCUGCCAGCCCGUCUGCAAUCCAAUCCAAUCCGCUCUACUCUGCUCCCGGCCUGUGAGGUGAAUGGGAGCGUGUAGCGAGUAGCCUAGCGUGUCCAUUCCAUACUGACUCAUCACGCUGUCUGACCACCCAGACACCACAUGCCAUGUGUCACGAUUGAGAGUAGACCUCACAACUUGCCACUGCCAGACACACAUGGGGUGUGUCCUAACACUCUACAACACCUCCAUUGACGCCACCGCUGAGCUAGACAGCCAGUCAGAUAGGAUGUGUCCCAAUAAUCUUAAAUACCUCCAUCUCCGUGCCAACCUGCCACCACCGCCACUGAGCUACACACAGCCAGUCAGAUAGGAUGUGUCCCAAUAAUCUUAAAUACCUCCAUCUCCGUGCCAACCUGCCACCACCGCCACUGAGCUACACACAGCCAGUCAGACAGGAUGUGUCCCAACACUCUACAACACAUCCCUCUCCUUCCCAACCUGCCACUGUAGUGCCACCACUGAGCUACACAGGAUGUGCCCUAACUCUCUACAGCAGUCUACAGCUCUCUCCUUGCUUCCUUCCCUUCAUUACCUGAUUUGAGAGGACAUUGAAGGUAUCAGCAAUCUAGUGGAUGCACAGGCUAUCUAUACUUCUCCCCUUUUAAUAAUUAACUGAGGAAAGGAGACAUGAAAAACAAGGUAUUUAAGGGUAUAGGGACACACCCCAAGUCAUUAGUGUUGUUGGGACACAACCCUAUCCAUUAACACUAGCUGAGCUCCAGACGACACCAACAGCCUCCCUCCCUGUAGAAAUAGUAGGUUUAUAUGUGCCAGGCAGAGGCAGCAUGUGAAGAGAAGAGCCCUGAAGACCUCUGGAGUCAGUCCCACAUUCAGUAGUCAGAUCACUCCUCUGGGCUAGAUUAAGACUGCCUGCAAGCCUGCUCCCUCGCUCCCUCCCUCCCUCCCUCCCUGCCCUCCCUCCCUCCCUCCCUCCCUCCCUCCCUCCCUCCCCUCCCUCCCUCCCUCCCUCCCUCCCUCCCUCCUCCCUUUCUCAUCUAUGAUAAUGUCUCCUGUCUGAGACCUGCUGCUCUGUUCUGCUCCGAGAGGAGAGGCUAGCUAAUGGUAAUGGUUCCAGAACAAGAAGAGCGAUGGCUAUAAGUGGCUAACAGCGAACCCCCCCCCCCCUCCUGAAAUAACCUGGGUUAUGUUGUUGUUUUUGCUUUCGAGGAGUAUCUCUUGUGUUUUAUACUGAAUGGAAAAUAGAGUACUUCUGAGAAGAAAGUGUAUAUUUUCCAAGAAGUAGAACCCAUUAACGGUGGAACACAGUGUAGUUGUUAGACACAUCUUCCUAAUGGAGAAUCCUGUGAUUCAUUCUUGCUUUAUAAUGUAGAUAUAUUAUACAUGAUUUCAUCCCCACAUGAACUCUGAACUCUGAAUGAGCAUCUUCCCUUGAUCUUGAUCUUUAGUGUGUUCAACCCCUUUCUCUCCAUCUCUCUCACUCCCUCUAUUUCUCUCCCUCUUCCCCUCCAUCGCAGGGCUCCCCUGGUGAGAGAGGUGCUGCUGGAUCUGCUGGCCCCAUCGGUUUAUCUGGUAGAACUGGCCCUCAGGGGCCCCCAGGACCUGCUGGAGAGAAGGGAGGGCCUGGUGAGAAAGGUCCCCAAGGACCAGCUGGUCGGGACGGAGUCCAAGGUCCAGUGGGUCUGCCUGGCCCCGCCGGACCUCAAGGUCCACCCGGAGAGGACGGUGACAAGGUUAGUACCCUACCCUUCCCAUCUGGUUUAGUCCAGACCAGGCCCAGGACCUCUUUCGCUCUCUCUCGCUCUCUCGCUCUCUCUCUCUCAUUCACUCUCUCUCUACUUUUUCUAUCUACUCUCUCUCUCUCUCUCUCUCUCUCUCUCUCUCGCCCUCCCUUUCUCUGACUCUCUUUACUGUAAAUCUGGGCCACAUUUUUUGAGUAAAACAGAUCGCUUAUCAAUCUUCAUCAGCGGUUACACAUGAAUCAAACACGGACCAUCUGCACUGUAAAUACGUCUCUACUCUCUCUGUCUCUCUACUUUCUCUCUGUUUAUCUGUCUCUAUACUCUAUCUACUCUCUCUCUCUCUCUCUCUCUCUCUCUCUCUCUCUCUCUCUCUCUCUCUCUCUCUCUCUCUCUCUCUCUCUCUCUCUCUCUCCUUCUCUCUCUGUCUUUGUCUGCAUAUCCAUCAUCAUAACCAAUCGUCAAACUAAAUGUAAUUAGAAGAGAUAUAAAAGUGAAAAACUGUGGCUGUUUUAUCUCCAGCUAUAAUUUCUUCCCAGAAGGUUACGAUCCAGCCAAUCUAUUGAGCUGCCAAACAUAUGUCACAGUAGAGCUUUAAAUGGACUUGUCCACUAAUCUCCAACACCAUCUAUCACUUGUAUUUAAAAUCGCAUGUAUCCUAUCUACACACAAGUUGAAUCCAAAUUUCAACUGAUUUCUGCGUCUUUGCUCUAGUGAUUUUCACUGCAGGUAAUGAACUAAUUUGCCAAUGCUCUGACAGUUUGUUUCUAAAUGUUAAAAUGUUCUGUACGAGGUUGGCAUUUUAAAGUAGAUGUUAUUGUAGAAAUGUCAGGUACAAGUGACAUGUGUGUCCUCCUGUGUGAUGUGUGUGUCCUAUGUGUGUGUAUCCUGUAUGUGAUAUGUGUGUCCUGUGUGUGAUGUGUGUCCUGUGUGUCCCAGGGAGAGGUUGGAGAGCCAGGUCAGAAGGGAAGCAAAGCAGACAAGGGUGAACAGGGUCCUCCUGGUCCAGCUGGUCUCCAAGGUCCCAUCGGUGCUCCUGGACCUGCAGUGAGUAUCUCUGUCUCUGUCCAGCCUUGGACCCACCUUAGCCCCCAUUUGGGAGACACUCAGCUAUACAUGCUAUCCUCAUUCAAAUUCCUUUGCAGUCGGGUUAGCUGUGCUGUUAGCUACAUGCAUUCAGUGUGUUUCUAUACUACUGUGCUGUUAGCUACAUACAUCCAGUGUAUUGCUGUACUGUGCUGUUAGCUACAUGCUGUACAUCCAGUGUAUUGCUUUGCCAGUAGCUCCAUCAGUGUGUUAACAUGGUUACUGUGUCCUCAGGGAGGUGAUGGAGAGCCCGGUCCCAGAGGUCAGCAAGGGAUGUUCGGACAGAAGGGAGAUGAAGGAUCCAGAGGUUUCCCCGGGCCCCCUGGUCCCAUUGGUCUGCAGGUGGGUGGGGAACCCCAAACUCACCCUGAAACACUAGCAUCACCUGUACUCCAGGGAAAAACAUUCACGCACAAACACAUAUUGUAUAGGUUUUGCAAUAAGUAACCCCCUCACACACACACACACACACACACAUACUUAACCAUGGAUCCCACUGGUAUUGAUGCAAACUAUUUGAUGCAUCCAUUCUCUCUGUGAGUCUUAGGUUGGGUUUGUAAAUUCAUUCUGGAGUGUCAGAGUGUGCUCUGGGUCGUUCGUAAAUUCAGAACAUUGUCAGAUUGUCCGUUCGUAAAUUCAGAGUGUUUCGCCCUCAGAGCGUUCAGAGCGCACAUUGGACACUCUGGCUAAUGAGUAGGGUUGAUCCGAGCGCUCUGACCUCACAAAACAUUUAAAUACAAAAGGAUUUCUAUUUGGUCUUGAAUGGUGGUAUUUUAAUACAGGUUGAUAAAAGGGUCCGUUUCCAACAAAUGGGACUGUGGGUUAGCACAGAUGUCAGAAGACAAUGCACUGUCUUCUGACCCACAGUCCUUUUGUAAUGAAAUGCCAAAGGUUAAUGAUCAGUUUUGUAUAGUUUGGUUUAGUUUCCCCGCUCUAGAUGUUUCAGUAACUAAAGAGCAUAGAGAUGAUUCCUAUUGUUUUACAUUAUGUACAAUUUGAAAAAAUAUAUACUAAGUUAGUUUGUGUUAAAUGUAAAGGUAAUGUGGUUGAUGUGUAUAGUAAAGCAGUGAUAUGGUUAGGUGUUCUCCUGAGUUUCUAUCUACCUCAUCAAUGUAAGGGAAGCAUCAAUGUAAGGGAAGCAUCAACGUAAGGGAAGCAUCAACGUAAGGGAAGCAUCAACGUAAGGGAAGCAUCAACGUAAGGGAUUCAUCAACGUAAGGGAAUCAUCAAUGUAAGGGAAUCAUCAACAUAAUGGAAUCAUCAAUGUAAGGGAAACAUCAACUUAAGGGAAUCAUCAACGUAAGGGAGUCCCGUGGUACAGUACAGUGACUGUCUUUAUGAGCAAAAUGAAUUAGCUGUUCAUUAAACCCGGGUCAUUGUCUUGAUGGAAUUAUAUAGACUAUGCCCGCUAGUCUCAAGUUGCAAUCUUCCCGGCUAUUCAAUUCAAUUAACUUUUAAUUGAGCGUAAUUCACUUCCAUGGCUAUUUCAUUAAUUGUGUGGACUGACCUCUUCCAAUAGACAGUAGGCCAUUGGACACACUCUCCUCUCUCCACUCUGUGGUGCAUAAUUAGUGUUCCUGUUAACGAUCUCUGACUCAGGAGACCUCCGUUCUGAUGAGAUUUCUACUCCAGGGAGACAAAUCAGCAUGCAGAGACACACACACUCACGGACUUGCACAUGCACGGACACAUACACACUGACAUGCGCAUGGACACAUUUACACACACGGACACACAGAUGCAUGCUCAAACACACACACACACACACAUACACGUACACAAACAGUCUGUCUCAGCCUCAGCUUCCUCCCUACGGCAUAGGUAUUUGAGGAAGAUAGGUUGUUGUAACAGAGAGUAAAUAGCAGAUAAAAUGAGAUCUUUGUCCUCGCUCGUCAUGGUGACGACAGAGACACACUGCCUUUGAAUAGUGGAGGAGCUUGAAUCGGGAAUGACCAAAGCAAUUAAGGUUGAAAUGUCAGGGAUCAAACAUACAUAUGACGCCUCAACCACAUAGUCCAAUUAACAUGCAGGGAAAUUAACGAGGGGUCCAUGUCUGGGUUUUUGGUUAGGAACACAUUACCUCCAUUUUGCCAUAGAGAAAUACUUGACAUUCAAUGUUGUCUUAAUCUUGUUGCCUUAUUUAGUUUCCCAUAAACUCACUAUUGGUCACAUAGACACACAGUGUGAAGACAGUAAUUUCUCCUUUAUGGCAGUUUGUGUCUGUCACCAUGAACAAAUGUCUCCCUGGUGUCCCUUUGUGACAGAGAGAGGGUCACAACUUUAGCUGUAGAAUUAGAGAACUGAGAGAUUGGACAUCAUGUUUAAUUAGUGAUUAAUUAAUUAAGACACUGAAUGGCAUCUGGUUUCUAUCACUCCCUUGCUGUGGAAACUGACAGAGCGAUGGGCUCUGCUAACUGUGUGUUCACAGUAUACCGUUUACCUCAGUGGUGCACUAAAAGCUACAAUACAGCCAUCACCAAUACAUUACUGUCCAAUUAAUCAUCAUAAACCAUAAAUCUGGUAGAAUUUUAAAAGUGCAUCAAUUGCUAAAACUAUUCUUAAAGGUUUUGCUUAGUUUUUCAAUUACACAUGCAUGUUUCCUCAAGCUAAACCAGAAUAAUUCAAAGUGUGCUUGUUUGUUUCUGUCUGCCCUCAGGGUCUUCCUGGACCUCCAGGCGAGAAGGGUGAGAACGGCGAUGUCGGUCCGAUGGUGAGCAGAUAAUCAUAAUUAAAACAAUUUGUAUCACUUUCCAAAUAAAUCGUUUUCUAUGUAUUUGUAUCUUUUAUCGAAAUGAGAAAUAAGUUUUGCUCUUGAGCUCACUUCCUGUUUUGACCCUGUCACUUCGUGUUGUCUCUUUCCAGGGUCCCCCCGGUCCACCUGGUCCCAGAGGUCCUCAGGGUCCUAGUGGAGCUGAUGUACGUACCACACAUCAAUCUUUUAUCUCCAAUAACUCAUCGUCACAUUACCAAAUGUCACCCAGACAGAGGCAUAAUGUGAAAUACUGUACUAUGACUCCACCAGCUCUAACUACCAGUUAUGAUAACAGGGAGAAUCUGUCUCUCCUGAGGUAAUGAAUGCUGACUCCUCUCUCUUCUUCUCUGUUUCCUGUCAGGGUGCACAAGGUCCUCCCGGUGGUGUGGGUGCCAUGGGAGGCGUGGGUGAAAAGGUGAGAGCGUGCGCCCAUCACAAGACAGCCCCUGGCCCUUAUUUGGGAGUCCGGAGUCUGUGUCCUGCCAACGUCCCUCCACCUACCCCUUCCUUCCUCUCUCCCCAGUCCAGAGAUGUUAUCUCCAGGACUCCAUUAAUUCCCUAUGGCAGCCUUUGUCUGAGUUAGUGCUCUGACACUAUUAAUGCCUAUUUUACAACAGUUCCAACACCACUCCUCCAUUUUAGUGCCAUCUGGCAGCCGGCCCCCACCAUCAAUACUUAAUGCAACGGAAUGACGACUCCAGAAUAUGAAACAUAUCCAUGGAAGGUUACCAUCACUUUGAGAGAGCACUCUGACUAGCCUUAAUGCCAUCACACCUAUGCUAAUGGAUCUCAGGAGUUCAACAGAAUGACACUUAGCAUCAACCACUACAAAUGAUAUUUGUUAUGCACCAUGUUUGAGAGCCCUGUGGUUUGACAACCACCGUAUUUUGAGAACAUGAUAAUGUAAUCAUUAAUGUCUAUUAAUGUAUAUCAUGAGAGAGAUUCUAAAACAUAAUGACACUCAGCACCCACUAUGACAUUUAUUGUUAGCCUACUCAUAGGGUUUUAGAGCCUAUGAGCCUGUUUUGACAACAGUAUAAUGUCAUCUAGAUUCAAGUGGAUAAUGUAAUCUAGUAGAUAAUGUAUUCAUAAGGGUGUCUAUCUUGGCAGAGAUUCUAACAUGGUGUUUUCAUUUACAGGGUGAAAACGGUGAAGCUGGCAACCCAGGAACCCCUGGAGAGCCCGGAACUGGAGUAAGUCUCUGUCUCAGUGUGUCUGUGUGUCUGCGUCUACAUUCAUAUAAUUAUCCAUCAUCCAAGGCAUCCUGUGUUUAUGUAUUUCCCUAUUACCAGGACAAUGAUUAUUAUUAUGUAUUAGUUCAUAACACCCCACAUAAACACACAGUGUACUGUCCCACAACACGUAGACAUGCAAAGUCCUUUUAGUGAUGUGAGUGGUAGUAAUUGCUGGUCCUGUGUUGCUGCUGAUGGGCCAGUGUCACAGCGUGGUUCUCAGUGUGUUGCUGGCCAACGCUCCAUGGUAACACAGCCCUGCCAAGCUGAAUCACUUCCCAGACUCUUAACAGAUUAUUACUGCAGCCAUAUGAACACAGCAGUCUCAGCUCUGAAACAAUGGCUACUAGUACCUUACUCCAGGACUCCACUUAGCUACUAAACAUUUCAAUAUCACAACCACUGACGGUCUGAAAAUAAAGUACACAACUUCUACCUUUUAAGAUGGCUGUUUAACUGAGGUAGUUUAGUUCCAAUGGAAUCCUCUGUACAUUCCGGAACCAUGACCAAAAUCAUUCCGGAAUGUUAUCAUAGAGGUGUUUUGGUUGACACCUACCUAACCCUGUGAGGUAGUUGUAAAGAUUUGAUAGGUAAUUGCUACAGAGUUAAUCCAUCAUAGUGUAUUGAUGGGUUGUCAUCUCCAUUUAUCAUUAGCAUGAUGUGAGCACAACAACAGAAUGAAAAGAUGGUCAGUCUGGAAUAGCAGGGGAGAGGAGAACUCUGAGUAGCAUGGAUAAUAACCAGAACUAAUGCAGAAAAUGGCCCUCGAUAAAGGUUUUGCUGUAGAGCUUUUGAAAUGUUCUCAUGAAAAGAAACAAGAUAUUAAUCACUAUUUUCCUUAUAAUAAUUUUUAUUGCAGUUUCUGAAUUCCGUGAAAUAUGCUGGUACUCUGUAGUAACACAUCAUGCUUAAAUAGGGGCUUAAAUAGCUCAGGUGUCAGUAAGCAUCACCUUGAGCAUCAAGAGAUACCUUACUCAGUACAUAUAAACAACAUGACCAGUACAACUACCACCUCUGCUCCACAGAGUGACGGCAAUAUGUGAAAUAUAAGUGAAAUAUAACGCCUAACUGUGGCGUAACCACUUACCUACCUCCAUUUCUAACAAUACACACUACUGCUGCUCAGUAUCCAGUAUCCCCCUGAGUAUUGAUGGUAUCUGUUGUUCUCAACAGGGACCUAAAGGAGAGAGAGGAGACAAGGGAGAGGCAGGACCACCUGGAGCUGCCGGACCCGCAGGCGCCAAAGGACCCCCUGGAGAUGAUGGCCCCAAAGGCAACCCUGUAAGCUUCAGUCUCUACCCUCAUAAGAGAUCUGGUCUCAGUGAUAGAACCACAGACGUUUAUAUGAGAUACUUUGGAGAUGUGAAUUAAAAGAAAUUGCCUUGAUUGCUUCUGGGCGGUUUAUUUAAUUUUAGGCCACGUUCUAAGAGCUAAAAAGCCCUUUUAUUAGGACAGAUUGUCUUUUUUUUCUUUCUGAAUGUGGUAUUGAACUGUGGUGAGUGCUUUGCUGACAUUACUGUCUGUAGCAUCAGGGAGCCAAGGUUACACAAAGUGCCUUUGACAGUUGAUAUGGUCUAUUGAAAAAGCUCCACCUCUCAUCAUCAGAUUAAUGACAACCAUUAGAAACAAACCAGAUGGUGUAGGUCUUGGCCACUUAUGUUGAAGAUUGUAGUAUUUUGUAUAUUAUAGAUAAUAUUAUACUGGUGUUGUAUUUGUUCUCCUGACUCUCCUUCACCUUCCAGGGGCCGGUUGGUUUCCCUGGAGACCCUGGUCCACCCGGUGAAGCUGGUGUUGCUGUAAGUAUCACACUUUUGAUGAAUGCCUUAUUAUAUCAUUAUACAACUAAUUCAACUGUAAAGAUCCCACUAUUACCAUUACCUUCAGCGUCAGUCUUCAUCGUUGUUGUAAUGCCAGUUCAAGCGUGUACUGUAUGUGGAAAGUGAAUCCAAGUGCUACCAGUACUGGUAAUCUGUAGUGGAAUUAGAUCAUGGUGAUCCAGCUCACAUGUUCAUAUCUCUUCUCCCUAGGGAACUGAUGGCUUUGCGGGAGAGAAAGGAGAGGAUGGUGAAUCUGGUCAGCCUGUAAGUCCAUAUGUCAUAAAUAUCAUUAACACAACAACAAGGGGACUGAAAACUCUGCAUGACUAUAUAGCUCUGGUUUACAGUAUGCAGCAUGAUAGCGGGCGACUGUAUGAGCGCAUUACCAUCACCAUUUACUAUUAGUCUGUCCUAAUGGUCUAUACAAAUAGCCUAGCCUAUCCCAUUUAGCAUAACCGCUAAAGUCCCUUGUGUGCUUGGCCUGUAGUACAUUCCCAUAAACUUUUAUUUGUGAAUAAGUACCUGCAAUAGUGAACAUUGAAACAUAUAAUUUACUUCUUAAGGUCUAGUACAGUAUAUGAGUCUGUUUAUACAUUUUAUAGAUUUUAAUUAGAAAUAUGAACAACAAAUCAGAUGAUUCAAGCCUUUGUGAGGGUGUGUGAAUUACGAUACUUAUUAACAUUAAUGGAUGUAAAUGGUAUUUGCAAGUGCCAGGAAAAUAAAAGGAAACUUUAAUUGACUCUUUAAAUGCAAUAGGAAUGAGGUCAUGUUUGUGUAUGUGUGUGAGUUGGCUCAGAGUAAGGUGUUAUGUAAAGUGUCAUUUGAAGUUAAAGUAUAAUAAAGUUUUUUCAUGGCUCAGUGACGUUUGACUUUGAAAGGGAGAACAUGCAUUUCCCAUUCUCUGAUUAACAGUGUAGAGUUUCAAUAUAAACCACAUCACACAGUUGAAUAAUUCUGUAAAUUCCUAGCCACUCAAAGUUGUAUUCUCCACUUUCUCAUUAUUUGUACGUCAAAUAUUUGGUUAUGCAAACCUAAAUGUGCUAUGAUUGCUUCCAAUUAACUGAGAUAAUUGGGUGAAGCAGGUUCUGAAAACAGACGUGAUAUUUCAGACUACAGUGUGUGACUACAGAAAUAGAUAUCAGUUUGUCUAAUGUCAAUAUGCAGUCACACAUUUCUCUAUUUGUAAGGAUAAUGGUGGUUUUGUACAAUCUAUUUCAAAGAAUAUGACUAUAUACUGUAUCAUGUUAAUAUACCUUUAUGCAAAACACACUGUUAAUGUGCAUAAAGACCCCUAACUCUCUUACCUCCUCUCUUCUCUUCUUCUUCUUCUUCUGUCCAUCCCAGGGUCCUCCUGGUCCAUCUGGUGAAUCUGGUCCACCUGGUCCUCCCGGCAAGAGAGUAAGUCUAAACAUCUUCAUCAUCAUAGUCAUCAUCACCACCAACACACCACAGACGUCAACAUCACUGUUUGUUAUAUGAAAUGACAUCAUACUGCAGAUUUUACCCCUAUUAGAUAAAAGAUUGAACAAUAUUGUACGUUAUAUUGUGCGUUUAAUCGUAACUCAUUGAUCAAGCCCCAUUUGGCCUAGAUUUGAUUGUGUGACUGAACCUCACUGUCCCAUAUCCAACACCUAUUGACAUAGCUCUAUGAAAUAUAUGAAUCUUAUUAUAAAACCAGACAAUGGAAUGCACCCAGUCAUUGUUUAUUAAACCUAUAGUCCUCAGGUGAGAAUUCUUUACGCUGAACAAUAACUCCAAACUCUACAACUCAAUUUCCCCCCAGAGAAGCUGCAUGAUUCAUUCUCAUCAAAAGUGGGUGAGAAAAACAAUGUGUGAUAUUUGCAGGGUCAGGGCCACUGAGCCGUCUGUACAUGGAAAUGAAAGAUAUCUCAAAGCCCACUGAGCCGUCUGUACAUGGAAAUGAAAGAUAUCUCAAAACCCAUAGAGAAAUGAAGGGCUUGAUGUCUGAAAUAGUUUUUUUUCUCGGUGAGAAAUUGAAAAUAGGCUUUAGAAAAAAAGACCAAAAAAAAGCGUCAGGCCCAAAACUAAUUUACCUGUGUCUAGCCGAGGGAAGAGAGAUAUCUCCCCUGACACACUAUUGAUCUAGGCUAGUUUGACUGACAGCCACGGCCAAACAAAGGCAUGGCGCUAGUAACAUUAGAUUGAAUGGCUGUAGUGUAGUGAGAUGCCAUUACACAGUCAGGUCAGCCGCCACUGACUCAGUUCACCCAGUAAAAAUUGACGUUUUGGACAUUUUGGUGGUCUCCAAGGCAAAGAUAACGUUUUAGAUUGAAUUUGAAAUACUUUUAUUAUGAUGAUGACCUUUGUCCAGCGAGGGCCAUCAUAUCUGACGUUUACUGUAUAAAUUCACUGCCAUAUAAAUUCUCUUUGACGUUCCCUGGGAAGUAAUUAAGUGAAAAAUCAUUUGUGGUAGGCUAAUGUUAGUUGAAGGGAGCCGACAUUAGUGAAUCCAAAAUAGUGCAUUAACUUCUUUUUGUCGGGUGUUAAAUUCUUUCUUUAAAUGAAAAUUAGCAAUUAUUGUCCCAAUUUCUCAAAGAAAUUACUAUCUCAAGCUAUCUUCUGCAACAGCGUUAUGGCAAAGGCCAAUAGCAUAAAAUAUGUGCAUUUUACAGCAGUAGCAAAAACGCCAUUUGCUUUCACAAUGUGCUUGAUGGAAUUUACAUUCAGAGUAUUUAACAUCAUAUCAGCAUAUGCAGCUCCUAAUGGCCAAGGGAUUAUGUUAGGAAAACUGCUAUUUCAUCAUCAUAGUUAUUUAAUCGCCUUCCCCCAAAAAGUGUAACAUAGAACGACUUCUGCAACUCCCAGGCAUUCUGCUCCUCUGAAUCAGUCAUUUGGGGGUAGAGUUGUUUUGCAUUUAACUUUGUAGGGUGUUUUUGCUUCCUCUGCAGUUUGCCCAUAGCAAUUUAAAAUGCAGCUGAAAUCUCUCUCCAGCUCCUACAGGCACUGUCCGAAUCCAUUUAGCAGCAGAGCAGUUCUUUAUUUAUUUGUAUCUUAUUUGUUUUUAUCUUAAAGUGCAACUGAAGGCCAUAAACAACUGCUCUGAUAGAAAAUGGCCUAUUAGUCAGAAACAGUUAUCCUAGUGUCAAAAUUGACUACAAAGUGUAAAAAGGAUAAUUUUGGUCAUAAAGUCAGUCUCGUCCAAAACAGAGUUUUGUUAGUGUCUUCGUCAUGACAUACUUGAGGGUUGGGUUUUGAUUUGGACACUUGCCCACUAAAACAGGAUACACAGCUGCCGUGGUUGUGCUCUAUCCAAUCCUAGCACAGAACACAGACAGUGAGACAGAUCUUGCCAUCAGUGCAGCGGAUCUGACUUUGUUCACAUAAAACAACACGUCACAAUUUAUUUUACUUGAGAAAUACUGCACCAAACACCUUAGCUAGAUGUAAAAUUGCCCAACUAAAACAUCUUUGUCAAAAACGUCAAAAUGAAUAACAGUUUAAAAAAAAAAAGUUAUCAUAGAUUUAUUCUGACUAUUUUGAAGAAGUGAUACUGGCUUUGUUCCUACAGUGUCUCAUGGGGGACAAACAUCAGUAACUGCCAUAUCAAAACACACCUCCAAGACUAAAAUCUAGUUUUUCUUAAUGAACAACAGAAACACAUACGGAAUCGGUGCGUUCAUUCGCUCUAAUGGUAUGAUUUUCUCUAUAGAUAUUCAUGGUGAAAAUGAUAUAAACAGUGACAUAUCAUUUACAGAUUAGAGUACUUAAUUAGUUUUUAGACUGCUGCUGUAUUUAUACCUCCCAUAGAAAAGACAACAUACACAUCAGCUACAGUAGGGAUUUAGACGUUUGGUAGCAGCAUCAUGUUCACUGACAGAAAUAAACAGACAACAUACAUGUCAGAUGCAGUAGGGAUUUAGACGUUUGGUAGCAGCAUCAUGUUCACUGACAGAAAUAAACAGACACUUUUUGACCCGUUGUUCACAACACUUCCAGCGAGGAUAAAAGGAGAGAAACGAUGCAGAUGCUGCGCUGUUUGACCACAUCUCUACAUGGGCAGUCAGUCAAAACAUCCCUGCUGCCCUGCUGCCAACCCCUGCCUUCCCAUACUGUCUGAUCAGAGAAGAGUGGGUCCUCUCUGUGGACUGCAUGUGGUUUUGAUGUGAGGACCCCUUGUGUAGUUGAAAGAGACAGCUUUAGGCCUCGGAGAGAUGGCCAGAGAGAGCAGAUGAACUGGAAAACCUUGAAGUGAUUGGAGACUAGAGAGGGAGAGGUGUGUGUGCAUGUGUGUGUGUCAGGUCGUUCAGUAAGAAGUUCAGUUCACAAAGCAUGUCCACUCUCAUUCAGUCAAACAGAUCUUUACAAACUUUCUGGAAGAUUGAGGUAGACUUUUCAAGGACAUUUGAUCACUAAUACAGUUUUCAUCAGUGUUGGAUUGAAUGAGAAUGUUCUUGGGGGGAAAAAGUGGAAUUACUAGAUAUGGACUGGCUGAUGGAUUUCUUAAUGUGAUUAUCAACCUCUCAUUCAGGAAUCACUUAUUUUAGAGUUGAGUUUUGAGUUGAUAUUAUGUCUGCGGUGUUUGAUUCCACUUUGUCUUUGGUUUAUUUUUAUUAGUACAGCCCUGUAGCCAAGAGUUUGUUCAAGCAGCGUCUCCUUUCCUCAUUACUCAGUUGAAGCCAUUGAAAUAUUGCACUGCAAACACAACACUGGGUUCUUACUGGUGUGUGUGUGAUUGAUGUCAAAUGGAUGCAUGUCACAGUAACAAAUUGUUACAAUUCACCUGAAUUACUGACCUCACAAUGUUGUUGUUGACUCUGCACAUGCACACACACAUACACUGACUAAUAGACAUGCACACACACACACACACACACACACACACACACACACACACACACACACACACACACACACACACACUGCUGUGUGAUGCUAAAGCGUGUCUUCUCGUCCUCCCCAGGGCCCCCCAGGAACUGCCGGUGCAGAGGGCAGACAAGGAGAGAAGGGCGCCAAGGUAACCUAGAAAAUCAAUUCAGCCUUUACCCAGAGAGCAGCCUCAGCAACUCCAGACUCCAGCUAGCCCCCCAUGCCUCACCCCUCAUCUCCCUCCCCUCUCCCCUCAUCUCCCUCCCCUUUCCCCUCAUCCCCCUCCUCUCAUCUCCCUCCCCUCAUCUCCCUCCCCUCUCCCCUCAUCCCCCUCCUCUCAUCUCCCUCCCCUCUCCCCUCAUCCCCCUCCCCUCUCCCCUCAUCCCCCUCCUCUCAUCUCCCUCCCCCUCUCCCCCUCAUCCCCCUCCUCCCUCAUCUCCCUCCCCUCAUCUCCCACUUCUCUCCCCUCAUCUCCCUCCCAUCUCCCUUCCCUCUCCCCUAAUCCCCCCCCCUCAUCUCCCUCUCAUCUCCCUUCCCUCUCCCCUCAUCUCUCUCCCCCUCAUCUCCCUCCCCCUUGCCAGUUGUGUAUAGCCCUACCCGUGGAACGCUAUCCAAUUUCAUCUCAAAAACAUAUCCCACUCUUUUGUAAAGCUGUGGUUUAGAUUGGGGAUUGUUGUUUGAAAUCAAUUGCAGUGUCCCGUUGUUAUCAAACCCUUCAGAUGUUAGCCAUGCCACUUUGUGAGCAGGGGAAUGCAUCAACAUAACAGUUAGCUACACUAGCUUAGGAUACAUUCAUCUGAAGCUCAAAACAGCAGAAGGUAUGGCUCUUUGACAGUACACACAGCAAGGAUGUCAAGUUGAUAAGCACCCUGUUAUUUUACCAUCUGUUGUUAGGGUUUUUCAAUGAACUGUAGAUCAGAAAUAUGAACACAUAAAGAGAUCCUGUUUACAUGGUAUCACUUGUGUUUAUUUUGAUCAACCAAACCAGAUGGAAAUGACUUGUGGACGUCAUCUAGAGUUAUGUCAUUGUGACAAUCUUGUCCCUUCCUACAGGGUGAGUCUGGAGCCGAGGGACCCCCAGGUAAAACUGGCCCUGUCGGCCCACAGGGGCCCUCAGGAAAGCCCGGUCCAGAAGGUCUGCGUGGAAUCCCUGGCCCCGUUGUAAGUCCGAGAUCCAACGUUCAUCACACACACACACACAAACACACACACACACACACAAACACACAGAGAGAGACCAAACAGCCCUUAAGCAGUAUGACAACAGUGCUCAUGGAAUAAUCGAUAGUCCCAUUUGGCUUGUACUCUAUACAUUUCAGUUGUUUAUUUGAACACACUUUUUUGUGGUAUUCCUGCAAUUAAUCAUGGUGCCGGGCACAUGAAAUCAAUAUGAGUCCAUAAGAGUUAUAGCAGGCUGUAAUGCUGGUCUAUAAUUGGAUGGCUUUUCUCUUCUCAGGGUGAACAAGGACUUCCUGGUUCUUCUGGACAAGACGGCCCACCUGGACCUAUGGUGAGCAGAGAUAAUGUGUCCUCUCUCUCUCUCUCUCUUGCUCUCUCUCUCUCUCUCUCUCUCUCUCUCUCUCUCUCUCUCUCUCUCUCUCUCUCUCUCACUCUCCUUCUCUUUCUAUCUUUCUCUACUGUGGUGUUGUAAUUGAUUUCUAACCCUCUUGUCUCUCUGUGAUAAUUAGGGACCCCCUGGUCUCCCAGGUCUGAAGGGUGACCCCGGGACCAAGGGUGAAAAGGUGAGCUCGCCUCAAUUUCCCGUCCCAAAGAGCUUGUUGAUUUGAUUUCUCUGAUCCCAGAAGGGGUUGGGAGUUCAACCUGUAGUGGGCUGGAGACCAUGACUAUGAGCAUGGCUGGGAUGGGACCUAGAGCUCCCCUCACCUGAACCCUAUAACCAGCUCUUCUAGAAAGGUCAAACAGACCAUUUAUUUCGGUACAGCAAUACAUUUGAAACAUGCUUUAUCACUAUGCAGAUACAGUUGUUUUUUAUGUUACUCAGUAAACUAAAAGUGACAUUUGAAGAAAGCUGGUAGCCAUCUCCAUUUAAUACACAGCAUCAGCUCUGCCAGUGGACUAAGGGUUUGAAAGUCAGUAAUGCAGCACAUAGCACUGCAGUAAUGGCUUCCCCCCCCAAAAAAAAAAUGAAAGAAGGAUUGACAGGGAUUGGUUUAAAAGGACACAAUGGGUAGCUUUUCAUUAGGCUAUUUUCCAUGCUUUCAAGUCAAUGGGACUGGUUAAUGUGCCCAUACUUUCCAGCAUCGUUGUUGUGAAUAUUGUCCCCAGUUACAGAGAAAUUCAGAUAAAUUAUUUUGUAAGUCCCCCAAAAAUGUUUGGUUUAAAAUGCUUUCAGAUUUGUGGAAUAAUGUUCAUAUUUUGCAGCUGAUUUUGUAUUUCACUUGAUUGAAUGGUGCGGUUAUAGCAGGGUUGUACUGAUGCAAGGCAUGGAAUCAUCUUUAAAUGUUUUGACUGUAUGUAUCCUGUGUAUUCUCAAAUUUUUCCAGUCCUCAUGACUCUUGUUUUGUGUGUAUGUGUGUGUCCUCCAGGGUCAUCCAGGUCUGAUUGGUCUGAUUGGACCCCCUGGCGAGCAGGGAGAGAAGGGAGACCGAGGCUUGCCUGGUCCCCAGGGUUCUCCUGGAGGCAAGGGCGAUGGCGUAAGUGAUUAAUGACCUCAUCACCUUACCAUUCGUCAACCUAUUUGCCCUCCACCAGGAAGUACAAUGCCAUUGGUCUGAUUGCAGCCACCUACAGUUCACUGAGAAAGUUGUUUAUAAUGAUACAUGAUCUGCUUUAUAUUGUGCAGCUAGCACUCCAAUGCACCGUAUAGACUUAUGCAUUGAGUAUAUGCUAUUCCUAAAUUAAUACUGACUUGACUUGACCAUUAAUCAUAUACAGUACUGUACAAAUAUACAAGCUUUGCCUUCUUGGGGCAGGAUUAGUCUUUCAAAGGGAAUUCUAUCCGUUAAAAACAAAUGUAACGUCCAUUACAGUGCUUCUAAUGCUCUGCAUUCUGUGGCAUUCUGUUAAUGUCGUAUUUCUCUCCCAGCCUCAUCAGAUAUAAAUUUUUCUAUAUUCCAAACCCAUCUUUAUUUCUGGGAGUUAGAAAUGUUAAGCAGGACUCAAACGGGCUCUAGCCUGAUGAAGCUCCACAUUAAGGAGCUCAUCCAUUUUUAAAUAAACAUUGCAGAUUGAGUGAAUAUGCAAUUUGAGACGCGGCCUUUCAGCAGCCUUACUCUGUGAUUUAAGGAGAUGGAAUGGAUAAACGUCUUCAGAUUAAGCCUAAUGAAAUUGUAAUGUCCCUUUUCUCUGUCUUCGAGGAAUGGUGGGAAAAAAACAUCUGUCUCAGUCUAUCUGUCUCUAUUUUAGGCUUGAGAAACUGGCAUCGUCUGUUGAGCUAUAUUUGUCACAAAAAUAGCCCAAUGAGAUAGAAAAUAAACAUUUCAGGACCCAUUAAAACGCUGCUAGAGAUUUUUAAUGUUUCUCUUGCAAUCUACCACUCUUUAUCCCACUGAUGUCUGGUCUCUUCUUCACAGGGUAUUAGUGGAUCUUCAGGUCCUCUCGGUCCCCCUGGUCCUCCAGGCCUGCCUGUAAGACUGUCCCCUGCUUUCUCAGUUUUAUUAAUAGUAUACUUUCAUAGUUCAAAUAUCACAAUAAUGUUAAAACAUAGUCCUCUGCUAUUUGUUCAUUGUGUGUCUUUGCUGUCUCUUCCAGGGUCCUGGAGGUCCCAAGGGAGCUAAGGGUUCAUCGGUAAGAUCUAUUCAACCACUCUUUGUUUCAACUGGUGAAAAAUGAGUGUUUGUGAGAUCCAAAGUUAACAACAUGCUUAUAUCUCUAUGUUCUUUCCAGGGUCCUGCUGGUCAGAAGGGUGACACCGGUACGAUCGGUCCCCCUGGUCCUCCUGUGAGUAUUAACAUAAUAUUCCUUUGGUGUCCACUAUAAGACCGAAAAUAAGGCAUUUCUGUUAUUAGCUGAAAUUCAAAAGGGUUAUUUCUAGAAAACGAUCUGAUGCAUACGAUGUCACACUAUCGGAUUCCGUACCAAUAUUUUCCUUCUUCCUCUCUGCUCGACAGGGUCCCCCUGGUGAGGUGAUCCAGCCACUGCCCAUCCAGUCUCCCAAGAAGAACCGCAGACACGCAGACAUGCAGGCGGACGCGGCAGGUACCAUGAUGGACUACGGAGAGGGCAUGGAGGACAUCUUCGGUUCGCUCAACAACCUCAAACAGGACAUUGAGAGGAUGAAGUACCCCAUGGGCACACAGAACAACCCAGCCAGGACCUGCAAAGACCUGCAACUCGCCCACCCAGAGUUCCCUGACGGUGAGUCACAGAGAGGGGGAUCAUGGGUAAUAUGCUAAUGUUAUGGCUGUGAUUGGAGGCAAUUUUGUUGAGCCAAAUAAGGACGUCUUUAGUAUUUAGUAGUUUAUUAGGAACCCCAUUCGCUGUUGCCAAGGCAGCAGCUACUCUUCCUGGGGUCCAAACAGGGAUACAACAUUACAUCAAAGAAAACAUUGUGCAUUAUUACAUUACAAUAUUACAAUACUACAAUACAGUCUUUGACUGUGUUUGCUUAUUUUAUAGCAGUGCUAUUGGGGGUGUAGAUUCUAUUUUUGCAGGUAGAGUGUGUUGCUGUGGUGAAUACCACUGAGAACAAGGCCUCAUUGGGGUUAUACUUAACAUUCAACAGACCGUCCAUAAUUGAUGCAAGAGAAAUGUCAGGUCCUUCUUUGACCUUUUUAAGUUAUUUCUAAGCAAACUGAAGAUCCGUUGUUGCUGAACAUAUUCCUUUUUAUCUCUUUAAGAUGAUAAUAAAAUAGUAUAGUGGAUGUAUAACAUGUAGUAGAAUGGUUUUGCUACAGUAUUUACAUAAUCUUUCAUUUUCCAUGAUUUGAACACAUAGAUGUCAUAGCACAGUUUAACCUUAUCAGUCCCGAGACCCCAGCAAAAGUCGGCUUUUCAUUUAUCUGACUUUCAUUUAUCUGAAUGUCCAGCCCUCAUAUUUAGCCUCACAAUGAAAUAAGUAUUUUACCAUUUUCUUGUCAGGACAACCAGGGCAAUAUGUAGAACACAAAACAAUUUGACAUAAACAGUUGCAUUCAUGAGUUGUCAAUAAAAAAAGAUUGCUCAAACCAUUCUCUACAGACGUUUUUGUAAAAAGACCUGGCCCCGGGCCACUUCAGGAUCCGCACUUGUUUCACAAACACCGCUCUAGUUCAGCCCCCGUUGGUACCAACGGAUGCAGAAGAAAUAGACGAAUCCAAUGAUACAACCUAGUCUGUAGCACAAACACAUGAUGUUUAAAAGGGGUUAGAAGUCCAAAUUGCGCAAGCGUCGUGGUGGGACCCAUUGGGUUAAGUCUCAAGUUAAACGUGUUUGGUUUUGAAAUGUUUUGUUUUAUGUUCUUGGUGGAAUUGUAGAACUAGAGAGAACUAAAGAUUCAGGUAUUUAAUUGAUUCAUUGGGUUUUUUCCACAGGCGAGUACUGGAUAGAUCCUAACCAGGGAUGCUCAGGGGACUCCUUCUCUGUCUACUGUAACUUCACGGCUGGAGGAGAGACCUGUAUCUACCCAGAUAAGAAGUCCAGUGGAGUGAGUGGCAUUUUUAUUUCCUCCAAGAGACCUGCACAUACUGUACUGUCAAGUCAAGCCAUAGUCUUGUUCAAUUCUAGAUAAUGUACUGAUGUAUUCAUUUAUAUGCUAGUCAAGGCUGUGAGACUGGGAGAUGCAUGUUUGGUGAUGUUUGAUGGGUUCACUGCUUGGCCAUUAACUUCUAACUUUCAAAAAUACCCAUUUGCUCUUGUUUUGUGAUGAUCUUGUGAAUUUGUCAUUUACAUUCAUACUGUAUUCUCUGUGAAAUGUAAAAAUGUAAAGACAUGAACAAAAUGCAUUGAAGAUGCAUUGAACUAAAAGGUUGGAAUUGACAUUUGUAAUUGUCAAGACAUGCAGUAUAGACAUAAACUGUAUACAAACAGAAACAAACUGAUAUACACAUACUUAGGUGUCAAAUAUUGACUAUACUGGCUUGCGAAAGUAUUCACCCCCUUGGCACUUCUCCUAUUUUGUUGCCUUACAACCUGAAAUUAAAAUUGAUUUUUGGGGGGGUUUGUAUCAUUUGAUUUACACAACAUGCCUACCACUUUGACGAUGCAAAAUAUGUUUUAUUGUGAAACAAACAAGAAAUAAGACCAAAAAAAUGAAAACGUCCCCACAGCAUGAUGCUGCCACCACAAUGGGGAUAGUGUUCUCGGGGUGAUGAGAGGUGUUGGGUUUGCGCCAGACAUAGCAUUUUCCUUGAUGGCCAAAAAGCACCACUUUUCCGUUAUAUAUUGUCUUGAAUUUUUUGGAAACAAAGUUAUUUUUUCAUUUUACUACCUUCACCAAAUUUACAGGACUAGUUUGUGUAUGUCCCAUUACAUGAAAUCCAAAUAAAAAUCCAUGUAAAAAAAUUACAGGUUGUAAUGCAACAUAUAGGAAAAAUGCCAACAGGGGUGAAUACUUUUGCAAGGCACUGUACUGUAGUGAUUCUCCUGUAUGUUAAGAUCUGAGGGAAGGGGUAUCUAGCUGCAAAUUGUACUUAACAAAACGGAAAUCCAGGAACCAGCUCUUCAAUUCCAGGAACCAGUUGCAUUCAGUGUUCUUGUCAGUACUUAUGUUCUUCAUUUGUUUGGCUCCACAGGUCAGAAUAUCUUCAUGGCCCAAAGAAAUUCCUGGGUCGUGGUUCAGUGAAUUUAAGCGGGGUAAAAUAGUAAGUGCUCACUCGAUUCCACGCUUUCAUCCUCCGCCACUCUCCUCACAAAAUAAUUGUCUCCUCUCCACAAUACUAAACUAAAAGGAUUUCUCAGGCUCCCACUCUGCCAUGUCCCUGUCUUCUGUCUCUCAGUACAGAGGCUCUUCAGAAGUGACAGUUAGGCCACAAAUAGACUCAGAAACAAGAGUGUCUCUGGAAGUGACCCCAGGUUGCUAGCCACAAAGGGAUCGAGACCUCUCAUAUAAGACCUCUUCAGACCCAUCACAUUCAUAUUUCAUACACUUUGGGAAUGAAGAAGGAGGCUUAAGGAUGAGGAGGAAAAUGUUCUACCACUUUAAGACUCAAUUUGGCCAUUGUCUGAGAGAGAGAUUGUAUAACAAGAUGUUUGAUAAGAACUCUUGGGAUAGAACACUUCUAAUCAGUACAUUGUAUCCAAUCCCAUGCUUCAAUUUCUGACCUCUAAAUCUAUUUUCUGUUUGCUCUCACCCCUUCCUCAAAUAAACAGUUUACAUACGUUGACGCAGCUGGCAAAACAAUAAACGGGGUUCAGAUGACCUUCCUGAAACUACUGACCGCCUCGGCCAGGCAGAACUUCACCUAUAACUGCCAUCAGUCUGUGGUGUGGCACGAUGAGACCACCGACAGCUAUGACAAGGUGCUGCGAUUCCUAGGAUCCAACGAUGAGGAGAUAUCCUAUGACAACAACCCCUACAUCAGGGCCCUAACAGAUGGAUGCGCGGUAAGGGCUGCCUCUCGAUACUUCCUGUCUGUAAUAGUGAUAGUUCAAGUACUUUUGCAAAAGUCUCUGGAAUUUUGCAACCCUAUAGUUGCCACUUAUGUAAAUGCCCCAUUGAUUGUUUUGUUGGACUUGUUUGAUAGCUCCAGUAAGGUUGUAUUUGACUGCUGAAAGCACACUGUCUAAUGUUUUUUCCCCAUUGUCUCUUUACAGACGAGGAAGGGCUACGGAAAGACUGUGAUGGAGAUUAAUACUCCCAAAAUCGAUCAAGUUCCCAUCAUCGAUGUCAUGUUGAAUGACUUUGGAGAUGCCAGCCAGAAGUUUGGAUUUGAAGUGGGUCCAGUCUGCUUCCUUGGCUAACAAAAAAAACAAAACAAAAAAAACUUGGCGGGGUCAGAAAGAAAGUCAAGACAUUUUGGAUACCACCAAACCCCCCAACCCAGCCCCCCACCCUUUUCCAUGCCACAUGCAAGUUUUGAAUAAAAGAUGGUGUAGCGAACAUGUCUUGCCAUGUAUGUAUGUAUUACCUAGAAAAAUACUUGUUGCCCUUGUAGGGCUAGAAUCACAUGACUUAAAACUGUUAUGGAGCAAAGGUGAAGGACAUUUGAAGGCGUGGCAGAGAAGGGUGAACAGGAGAAAAAUGAGGGAGGUCGAAAGGCGAGAGACACCUCUUUUCUGGAUUCUCCAGGUGCUGUACAAAAAAAAAUGACUACAAUGGUGCUUGUUCAAACAACAAAAUAAGAGGUGCUAAGAAAGAAGGUGUAUUUUGAUAAUAAAAAACUGUAAUUAUUAUUUUGUACAAUCUGUUAUUUCUGAAUCCACUUUCAAAACUUGCAUGUGUAUCAGAAUCGCAUCUGGCUCUUAAUUUCAAUGUUCGUAACAAAAUAUAUAUAUAAGUUAAUGAAAUGAAUAAAGACAGACAGAGAGAAAUAAAUAAUUAUGAUAUUUUGUUGAUGAAUAAAUACUGUGUACCUGUUAUGAAGCAAAUAAAAUGAGUAUUCAAACGAUUCCCUAUUUCUAAUGAUAAUGUAUCCCCUUUGUAUAUAUUGACCAUCCAAAGCUCUAGGUUAUUUGCAGUUUUGCCCUUCAAGACCAUAGGUAAAACAACUGGAAGAAUCUCACCAGCUCUCGUAUCGCAACAUAGCCCACUAAUGUUAUGAUUCUGUGCUUGUAUUAAAGCAAUCAUGGCAUUCAUUCUUCUUUUUAUUUAAGUAUUUUUUUUUUUAAUAUCAUUUUUUUGUUUUUUUAAAUUUUCUGUCAGUUUUAAUUUUUGGUCGUAUACCUCAAACUUUCUUGAUAACCAUAAGAUCCAUGGAUGUUAUGCCCUGUAUAUAUCUUGGUUAAACAAUUAAGUUUAUAUAUUUUGGGUGGGGAAUUUUUUAAGAAAGAAAUACUUAUCGGUUAGACAUCUUCUGUUCAGAUCCUUCUGUGAAUGCAAUGAUAAGACCUUUAGGUGACCCAUUUUUGUAACUAAAAUGAGAAAAUGUUUUAAUGUGCUUUUAAUGGUUCAUUUAAAUAUUAAAACUGGAUUCUAAACAACAGUGAAUGGAAUGUCUGCAUUGUUUGUUUUACAUUUUAUUAUGUAAAAGAGAGAGGACUUGGGAUGUUGCAUCAAUGUACUACUAUGAAUUGUAUUGUUGUGUAAAACACGUCACCAUCUUCUA